AUGGAUAAAAAUGCGUUGAAACUCAUUAUCGCCCUCGUUUGCCUCUCAUUUCCAAGCUACCAAUGGUAAGUCCAUUUCAGGGACUGAGGAGUGCAUCAACACGCGAGUGCUUAACGAAUAGUUAAACGAUGUUAUAUUGAUUUUCGUGCGCGUGCAUAUAACCAGAUGAACCAGUGCGACAACUUUCGGUGUUAGUAUGAUACAGAUGGGCAGGCGGGACCUGGUCAUGUUGACCUGACAUCUGGCAACGGUUUUCCAUUUGUAAAUUAGUGAAUUCACAUUAAUCCGGCUAGGCUAAUACACUCUUACAAUAAAUAGUUCGCGUGCGGGCAGAUCAACCUCGAGCUGGCACUGCUACAUUUUGACUUGAUCCCACCGUCGUCCCUGCUAGGAUGAGAAUGAAAUUGUCCAACUGCACUGAACUGAGACUGGAGUUUGCGUUUACAGUUGGAAUGGGCAGUGAUGCUGCGGACGGCAGUUUCGUUCUAUGGUGUGGAAGUGGUUGUAGUGUGCCCUUCUCAAUUUUCUUGGGCUCGAACUAGUUAAAGACACUCGAUUUAAUUCCGAAGGCUCCACUUGCAAGAAUCUUUGUCUUAUCACGGACUUAAUGACCUGUGAUCAUUCGACUGAUUUCAAUUUAGACUCACGUCACCACUAUCUGUGCUCCGUAUGAAUGGAUCCCAUCUCGGAUAAUUCACCGCGGGCCAGUAGACACGGCUAACACCGUUGACACGGGCCCGGACUCGUCACUCAGUGUACACCCACUCCUAAGGCGUUGCCCAGUCAAUAAUGUUGGAGCUGCGUCAGAUCUGGAAAUCUUUUACCGGACUAUUUUAGACUGAGUGUUGGCUAACCAACUAAACAGCUUAGACUGGGCUGGGCGAAAAGCGCGUUGGGCCUUCGUAUUCCCACAUUGCUUUUUGCCGUUUCUUUUCACUCUCCUAUAUUUCGUUGGCGUUGAAGAAGGCUACCGUAUUCUUGACGUACUUGCUGUCAGUUUUGCAAAAAUUUCCAAAGGAAUUUGGUCGCUUCCAAAGGGCUUGAUUGAAAUCUCCAGGUUGCGGCGAUGGCGCCGCAUUUAUUUGCUUCGUUCUGGACACUGAAGCGACGGAACUGCGUAAAUAUUGUCUCAGCAGGUCCUUCUUCCUCAUUGACAAAUUUUGGUUGGUUCACCCACGUAGAAACAUAUCCAAAAUUGCCGUGAUAUCGAGCAUCCCAGUCUUCCUCAAUGCCUUAAUGAUCGGGAGCAAUUCCUACGAAUUCCCGUUUAGUGCCCUCCGAAGAUCGCUUAGUGGCAGGGCCAGAAAUUACACUCCGAGUUUUAAUGAACUGACGCCGAUUUUAAAUCUGCAGUGAAAUAUUGCGCGAAUGAUUUUCAUGUACUUUCUCAUCAAUUUUAAGCCAAAUAGCCACGGAGGUUUCAUGUCAAUCUGCUUGUUUCGCACACUGCUCCGUUGCUCAUGACUAUGAAGGAAUUACGGGUGGAUGUGGAAUUUGACUUCCCAUGGCUUUGUUUUUCUCAUUAGAUUUACUGAGCUCGUUCUUAUUGUAGAAUAUAGGAAAUCCGUCUCGUUUGCCUGGUUUUAAAUUUGAAGAUAAAUGGAGGAUAUUAUUUUAAGUGGUUUUUCUGCGAGACCUAACGAUUUUAGUACCUGUUUUUUUGGUUGAAUUUCCUUAAAUACAGGCCUCUUCUCUCAGAACUGCCUGCUGCCAUCUCCAUUUGAGUUCUGCUAGUCUAUGCCCGUUGUUAACUAAUCGCACUCUGCAAUUCUCAUUUUGUGCAUCCGAUUUCUCUCUAACUGUUGUAAUUUAUUUUUACAUCGUUAGCCCCUGGCUGAAAUUCAGUCAACUUGUCUGCCAGAAGUUUUCUUAAUCACAAAUUGCCUCGAGACAUGAUGAGACCAAAAGUCACUGGUCGACGUAAGCUCUCGGCUCUUGUAAGUAAACAUGGCCUAACUAAACGUAAUUCAGAAGCUUUACCUAAAUCUAAGUCAGAUGAUAUUACUAGUCAGCCGUCACCCGUUGUAAUUGGUCGGCAGCUUAAUCUGUCUGCACUUGACCACUGCAAUGACUUUCUGCUAAAGUUUGGCUCUUUGCUGACAAUUCUUGGACAUUUAUUCGACGGGAACAUCUCCGAUAUUCCCUCUGAAGAAUGUAGGCGUCUCGACUCACUUGUUCACCUGAUCGCCAGUGAAUCUAGUGAUAGACAGAAGCGUUCUUACAACUUCCUGCUAAAAAACGUUCCUCGAUCUGCUCGGCCAAUCGAUGUUGCGACCAAUUUCCUGUAUUCAUGUGGUUUCAACUACAAAAUAGCCGAUGCCAAACGCUUGUCCUCCCGUAGCAAAAAUCCACCCAUCUUAGUCAAAUUAUUUUCAUCAAUCGUGGUUGACGCAAUCUUUACUCAUCGAGAGCGUGUCACUGCCUACCUAGAAAAGGCAAAAUUUUCCUUUGUCAUUAUCUUACACCUAUGGAGCGUAGAAUCGGGUCUCUAUUCUCACGUAAACCCACUGCUUCUCAGUCUAAUGCUCCCCAACUCGGUCAUAAUACAAGUGGCCGUCAGGAUUCAGCUUCUCCUACUCCUGCGACAUCUGACUCCCUCCUUCCUCUUUCUCCUACAUCUCCAUCUCACUCGAACCACUUGACGCAUUUGUCUGCCCCUAAACUUGCAGCAGCAGCCCCAUUUGUCGUUUCGUUUCCUCCGAAUAGUCACGCUGAGACACAUGAAAAUCCGUCUACAUCAGCUAGACCGAUAACUUCUAUUGUACAACUGGGUGCUGUAAGGUCUACAGCUAAGUCACCCGUGGCUUGGCGUCAGAACGGUGAGACUCGAAAAUUGAAUUAGACUCCGACCCAAAAGAUAGGUAGUACAGUUCCGUUUAGGGGUAAGACGCCUUCUCUUAGAUCUAACAAGUCUGUUCAGCCCAGCAUGUCUACAAACCCCGCAGCUCCAAUUAUCUCCCCGAAUAAUUCUCUGUCCUGCGUACCGGUUACUUAUCAAAGCCCUACUAUAUAUCCAGCAAAUAAUUCAUACAUGAAUUGCCCUAAAUCAUUUAUGCCCCAACCUAGUUCAGGCUUCCCACCACUUAAGGCCAAUUGCUCUCAGGUACGUCAACCUAUCUCCUUUGACUUCCAAUCUAGACCUGGUUUCCCACACUUUCAUUCUUUUAGUGGACUACCCUCACCCAUUAGCCCCUACUUUCCUUCUAGCCUCCCUCCUCCUCCUCCUCCUCCUCCUCCUCCCCUUCCUCCAUUAUUUAACUACCAACAAGUCUAUCCAUGUUCUAACUCCCCUAGCAUUCCAAUGUUUGAAAACUAUAUCCCCACCUCCUUUAGGUCUCAUACUCAGCCUUUUCUUUCUGACUCCCCGUACGUCAAUAACUCUAGACUAAUUGGUACUUAUUCUCCAAGCAUAAUUAAUUCACACCUUACAUAUCCGCCUCCAAAUUUUUAAAAAUACCCCGACAAUAGCAUUGCCGUUCGAAACACAUUAGAUAUUAUGUUAUUGAAUGCCAGGUCAGUUAUAAACAAGAUGGCCCAAAUCAGAGCCACUGCUCUGGAAAUGACGCCUGAUAUUAUAUGUGUAACAGAAUCUUGGACCCAUUCUCUAAUUCCUGACUCUGCCCUUCUCAUAGAUGACUUCGAUUUUUACCGCCAAGACCGCACGACUAGGCGUGGGGGUGGUUGUCUUCUUUAUCUUAAAUCCUACCUAAAGCACUCUCCCUAUUACUUGGAUGUUUCCUCAUUCACGGGAAACUUCUGCUUUGCAUCUAUUAUUCUCUCGCCGCAAAGAAAGGCAAUUAUUGGCUGUGUCUACAAUCCCCCAAAUUCUUUAGCCAGUGAUGAUUCACAACUCUGUGAAAUCUCUUAAUUAAUUUCGGAAGCUGCUUUCGAUGUUAAAAUAAUCACUGGGGAUUUUAACCUUCCUGAAAUAGACUGGUUUUCCAAUGGCUGCCCACCCAGAUUCCAGCCCUUUCAAGAUAUUGUCAAUUUUUCUAAUUGGUCCCAACUGGUGCGCUCUCCAACAAGAGAUAAUCACAUUUUAGAUCUAAUCUUUACCAAUGACAUUGCUCCUCUUUCUGUUGCUUUAAAAAAGGACCUCUUUGACAGUGACCACGCAUUAAUUCAUUGUUGCCUACCGCUUGCCUUUUCAAAAAAGACAAGCGCCGUUCAGACUUUCAUGAACUACGACUGCGUAGAUAACGACUUAAUAAAUAACUAUAUGAGAUCCUUGGAUUGGUGUGGCUUCCUCACUUGUAGCGAUGUAACCAUUAUUCGUGAUGUCAUGUCCAAUGUUUCCAAGGACAUUCUAGAGUUUGUGCCGCGUAGAUAUCCUAAGCCUAAUUCUUCAGAUUCCCUUGUUCCUCAUUUUCUUCAGAACAGACUAAAAAAAGUUGAGGCGACAACUGUGUGACCCAUCCACUGGUUCCUUAUCAGUUCAUCUUAGAAUCACAGAGAUUUUUGAGAUGGCCUCAAGGAUGCGCCAAGCGCGCGACAGGCAAAGAGAAUCAAUUGCUCUCAGUGGUUCGAACCCUGGCAAAUCCGUCGCUAACAACUUCCGUCAUCGGUCCUCCUCUAAGCGUGGUCAUGAACUUCCACCCAUGCUAAAUGAUAAAAAAGUCUUCCUCACCGAUGACACUGACAAGGCGAAGUUGUUUAGUGCUUUCUUUGCAAAACACCUUGCUACCGAGUCCGAUCCGGCCCCUUUCUUUCGAUCACUUUCGGAUAGGACACUGAGUACAAUUGAUGUCUCCUCAGAUCUCAUAAAGAAACACAUAAGCCGUUUGAAAUACUCACACUGAUCAGGAAGGGACGGGAUUCCGAAUUCGAUUAUUAAACAAGCGUCCGACCUUCCUAUAUUGCUCAGUCAUUUAUUCUCGGUUUGUAUUUCAAAAGGAUUCUUUCCUGAGACAUGGAAAACGUCAAUUAUCAUUCCCGUUUUCAAGUGAGGAUCUCGGUCCGAUGUUAAUAACUAUCGGGGCGUGCACAAAACGCCGUCUCUAGCAAAACUUCUUGAAAGGAUUAUUUUCAAUGAAAUUCUUGACUUCUGUAUAGCUAAUCGGCUUCUGAGCUCUAGUCAGCAUGGGGUUUUACCUGAACGAUCCUGCGAAACAUGCCACUUGGCUUUUCUUAAUCUAAUCACUUCUCUUCGUAAUGAGCGGCAGUCAGUUGUUGUUAUUUACUUUGAUCUUAGCAAAGCCUUUGACAAGCUGCCCCAUAGACGUCUUUUAGUAAAAUUGGAAGCUCUCGGCAUCCGGCCGCCUCUACUCGACUUCAUCAGGUCCUAUCUGUUCAACCGAUAUCAGAAAAUCAUGGUCGGUAAUAGCUACUCGACACCCCACUCGAUCACGAGUGGCUUACAUCAAGGCACGGUUCUGGGUCCGCUUCCUUCUGUACAUCAAUUAUAUUUCGACUGAACUCCGAAAUUUGCAAACUUUUACUUAUGCCGAUGACCUCAAGUGUGUUUACUCAUACUCUAAGGACACCGCAAAUAUUUGUGUUGAAAAAAUUAAUGCCGAUUUACUACGCUUAAGCAGAUGGGGUUCGACAUGGCAGAUGGAGUUUUCAUCAUCCAAGUGUAGUUUCAUGUCUUUUGGUCCUACCAAACUUCCUGGUCCCAUAAUUUUUCUGAAUAACCCACUCUCAGAAUGCCUCAUUAUAAAGGACCUAGGUCUAAGUUAUACAAAUAAGUUUGCUUUAUCACCUCAUGCAGAUAGAAUCUCUGCCAAAGCCGCGCAGAUAUGUGGAUUCAUAUCGCAUAAUUUUUUCCUUCCGGAAAUGAAGCUAAGACUGUAUCAAAUGUUUGUUCUUCCAGUCCUCGAAUAUUGCUGUCCUUCCUUCGGUUUAAUGAACGCCUGCGACCGUAAUAAAAUCGAAAAUGUUCAGAGGGUUUUCACCCGGAAACUUUUCUCUCAAGCUUCGUCCAGUAUUUCUUAUACUCAGAGAUGUUAGCUGGCGAACAUUAAGUUUUCGGUGGGUUAGAAGACUCGAAGCUGGCCUUUGCUUCCUUUUUCGCAUAAACUCUAGCUCUAAUCUUCCGCACAUUGACACUCUCACUCCGACAGAUCGGUCUUAUGCCACGCGCAACUCCUCCAUGAUGAUUCCGCCGCCUCUUAGCACUACAUCUAAGCGCUCCCUCUUCUUUGCUUCCAAAUAUGCUUUCCUUUGGAGUAAUCUUCCGCCAGAAAUUAGGUCAUCGCUUAAGUUACUGGUGUUCAAGUCGAAAUUAUGCAAACACCUUACACCCGAAAGCAUAAAGGCACAGGUAACGGUCUCACUCCCGAACACUCAGCUUCUUGACUUCGAGAAGGGUCCUCCUGGGUUUUAGUGGUAGAUUAAGUGGUAACUCUUAAUUAUAUCAUUAGAAACCCUUGUUUUGAAUUGGUUUCUAAAUCCACGGCUAUCGCUCCUCCCCCAUAGCGACAAUUUUCGCGGUUGUUGAUGUCAUUUCCCGCAUUAUCUAUCUAUCUAUCUAUCCAUUGCUUGCCCAAAUAAGGCAAGUUUCAAAAGGCGAUUUUGUAUGGAGCAGACGACAUUGAAUUAUUUUGCUUUACCGAGCCUAUGCACCCGCAGUAAUUGUCCUAUAUACAGACUCGCCAACCGUGCAAUUACAUUUACUUUUAGAAACCCGGAAAUCUACUACAUACUUUCUGCGAAGGCCAGGCACAUAUGCGAUUAGAUUUCGUAUUAAUUUUCCUUUUCGAAAAUAAAUUGGUGACUUGACAACAUGUCUGUUCCUCCCAUCCUGAAAUAUUGCUCUGUCUUCUUAGGUCCAGUGAAUGCCUAUCGCUGUCGUUCUAACAAGAAAACUGUCCAGAUCUUUUAUACUCGAAGACUGUUCUCUGUCUUGCUAAAUCUUGUCUCCCAUGCACCGGGUGAUGACAAAUGGCAUACACUAACGAUUUCCCAUUAUAUUGACCGGUUGUUCUCCUGAAACGGUAAUCUUCCUGACCUGUAAUUUGUUUCUUCGUCUCGUCCAGUAGCAAAAUGUUAACGCUUGUUGGGGAGCCCUCAGUCUCUCCACAUAGCCUCUGGUUUCUUCGCUAGGUAAACAGUAUUAUUUUCAUAUAUACCGUGUUUUGGGAUGUGUAAUUAGCUUCUUCGAAUUCACAAUGUCCUCUUCACGAGGAACGACUAGAAUUUACGCAUACUCAUCUGUAAGGCGUCACAAACACGUGCGUGCCGGUUUAUUUCUUUCGACGACCGUGUUUCACCUUUUAAGAGCCUGCAGCCUCGACCUUCCUGGCGUCAUUUGCUUCUGGGUGCCUAUCCCCCGAUCAAAAGCCUGAAAGCAUCACCCCAGUACUUAAGAGUAGAAAGCAGGCUUUUGCGAAUAACUACAGGUCGCUGAAUAUUAUCGUGUCCAUCAAUAUGUUUGGCGACGAAUAUUUGUUUAUUGCUUAUGAGUACUGCUUACAACCCUAAUGGUUUGUACAUUAUCAGGUCCAGAUGGCGUCGUCUUGCUACACCGUAGUGCACGAGAAUUGGGGGCAUUGUAAGAUCGAAAGAGCAUGUUUUUAGACAUAAUCUAGUAUAAGGCUUGCCAAGCGAAUACACAAACAUGGAGUGACCGUUAAGCUACAAAAUGGGCCGCCACACACAUAUUUAAACCUGCCGACUGCUAGUGACAAGAUCCAUAGUCUUAACAAAGGCACACUAUAGACGUUUAAGACCUACUCAAGCAUUCAUUUAAAAACAAGCCAGCAAUUUAUAUUCUAGAGGGAACCGCGAAGUGUUCAGCUCCUUAAAAAGCCUAACCGGAUAAUAUUGAAACCGGUACAUUGUUACGUGGCUCUCGAAACAAAACAGGUUGUUUCUUUAGACACUUUAUAACAAACAUUCAUACAGUACAUUAAUUUCGGAAAACUAUAUAUUUCACGCAUUUUGAUUGCUAUCUUAUAAGUCACUGUGCACGUCGGAGUCGAAUACUUUGCCCGGCGACUCCUUAAGUUCCAUUGUAGAUAGUGGUUUUUAAACAAAACCAUUAUUUGAGAAUCAUAUUAACCCAAGUGUGAAAAACUCGGUGUCUGGGUAAGAUUCGAGCCAAAGCAGUAAGUGGAGGGUUUUAUUACAGCCAAUGCUCUAACCACUUGAGACUCAUUAGACCUAACGCAAUAAUUGCAAUCACAGCUAGUCAAUCCUUGUAAUUUAAAGGAAAAGAACUCGCAAUUCAGCCUGUUUAACUUUCUUUCUAAUAUACUCUCACCAAAUUUGAUCUUGGGGACUUUUCAAUAAAGUAAAACCUAAAAGAGAGUUUUGCCAAACAUUGAGUUUAAGUGCUUUAUUUUUGACCUUAGCGACUCACACCACCACCGCCAGCGCGAUGUAUGAAAACUACUCUGCGCUCACACUAAUGGGCUUUAUUUGAAUAUUUACAACUUCUGUAUAUCACCUUUAGUUCCAAGUCCAAACGACAUUUUUCUACUUUCGAAGCUUUUUUGACGUCUUUUAAAUGUCACAUGUGAGGGGGUCUAGGGGCUGGUGUCAGCAGGGUAUAUAUAUAUGCAGCAAUUGCUCCAUAUAUGCAUCAGCGGAAUAUUCUAUUGCAUUGAUAUGCCAAUUUUUGUUGCAACAUCGACAAAGCAUGUUCGCUAUCGGGAGAUUUAGCUUAUGUAUGUCAUUAUACUUUGGAUUCGUUCAUUGGAAAGUGCUUUUUGAUUAAUUUUUGGACAAGUCUGGGCGGAUUCUUCCGCUGUAAUUUCACGCAACAUAUGCUGCGUCGUAUAUACGUCAAAGGUGUUCUGGAUAUUGUGUUUUCGUCUGGAAUUUUGAGCAAAUGUGCAAAAUGAUCCUAUCUACAAAGACAGAUCAGAUUUCAAUUUUGGAGCGUGGAUUAAUCCACGCGGAUUAUCGUUUGGAAACGGUUUGUUGCGGUUGGAUAUGUAUAAAUAAUUUUCACUUCCAAUAACUUUAUCCAACGACGUCCAAAUUUGAAGAACGGCAAAAGUCACAUGUUUCAAAUGUGGUACUGAGAUAACCGCAGUUAUAUCAGUACCCAAUUUGAAAAAAAGCACAGCAUCCUGGAUUAAGUGUAGAAAAAGUGUUCAAAAAUGGCCAUAAGCAGAGUGUGGUAUUAAUUAGUACCACACUCUGUUUAUGGACAUUAUUAAAUCCUUUUUGUACACUUAAUCCAGGAUGGUGUGUUUUUUUCAAAAUUGUCGUAGACAACUGGACAAUGUAGGGCGUCUGUUGCCUUAAGAUCUGCGCAUCGUGUACAUAGGCAAUCAGCAUCUUUGGAUAUUUGUAGACGCAAACUAUAAUGAAGUCUAUUAAUGCAGUCAGUUUUGAGCCGAAUAACUUUUUAUUGUUUUGCCUUUUUGGGCGCGCAUUAAAAAUUAUCCGUUAGAAAUCCAGUUUACCUAUGAGACCUUGUGUAGUUCAUUGCUUUGAGAAGUAAUCGCGAUAGUCACGUGACGAUCAAGCGAACGAUUUGUUAUAUUUCCAAGUUUGGCGAUGAAUUUGGUCCGCAACACAAUUGCAAGGGAAAACGCGCAAAGGACAGUGUUUAUUUGCAUAUGUUAUCCCCCAAAAAAAUACCGAUACUUUAAACUGUACCGUUUAACCAGACAAUUACAUCUAAACAACAACAUGUCAGACCGCCAGGUAGCGUUUUUUGUUAUUAAACUUGAAAAGGGUAUUUGUUUAUGUUACUAACUCCGUUUUGGGUAUCGCCAUUUGCAAACAUGUACGAACAACCAGCUGUUUGCUAAUAUUAUAACUAAUGUUCUUGUAGGUUUCAAGUAUUUCGAAUGUGUAGGCAUUGUUUGUUAGGUUACUUACUAAAAUUUUCGAACUGAUCAUAAAACUUUGCUAAGCACACGCAAAGCGCGAGUGUUUGCGUUCGAGGAUGAACUAGAUACAAAUGGCUGCAAAUGGCCAGUUUGACGCUAAUCGUUACUUCGCAAAGAGGCGUCCAUCAUUUCAGAGCAUUGAAUGGUUUUGCUUGUAGCUGCCACGAACGUCACUGUAAUGUUAAUAUAACAUACUACUCUUUUAAUUUUUUGACUUUAAAGUUCAUCGGAGUUUUGGUUUGAAAAUUAUCAAUAAACUGACAUUUUCCAUGCUUUUUUUACUCUCGUAUCCGUAUUAGUAUCGAACAUGACAUUUCCCACGCUGCCUUUUCUACAUCCACUUUUUACACUUGACGAAUCUUUAUUAAGGACAUUAAGUGUAACCUAGGCUAAAUGCGCAUGCCUUUAUAUUGUACGCAUGCAUAUUUUAACCUUUGAUUUCCACAUCUUGCAUUGUACAUUACAUUUGGUUGAAAAGCUAUUAAGCACAAAAUAAGAUGUGGCUGUUUUAAAGCUAAACUCAAAGGGGUUUUGGCAUUUAUGAUAUUUAACUGCUGCAUCUGCAGAAAAUCAACAUCUUUUUAUUUAGAUGAGCAGUUAGUUAUCAUAUAUUUUUCCUUGAUUAAUUAUUGUCAGGCCAGUAUAUCCAUAUUCGGAUAACGUUGAGUACAACAUGUAACUGAUUAGAGAAAUUGGUUAAAUUCUGUCUUACCAAAUAAACGGGCAUGGGCGUGAGGGAGAAAUCAUAAUACGAGCACUGAUUUCACAAGCAGUGUCGGCUAUACAUAUUUAUGCUACAGAGAGGAAAGCGGGAGGGUGCUAGGUGUUGCACGCGGUUAAUCAGCAUUUGGCGCGAGACUUAUCCGACUUUAUUCUCUGUGAAGAAGGUCAGCUUGCGUAGUCCGGUGGCAGUCGCCUGUGCUGUUGUUCACGUUUUCUGGGGUGAUGUGGAGUGUCUUUUACCUGCUUUGGAUCUGCGCCAACUCCUACGACCAGCACAACCUGCUUCACUUGAGCAAAUAAAUGAGUAAUUGCAAAUGGAAAGGGUUUAAAAUAGCAACUUAUCACUAUCUUCUCCAUGCAAAAUAGGGUUUGUGGAGAAUAUGCAAAUUAAUUUUACUGAGGUUUGCGAGGCAAGCUGGUCAAAGCGUCUUCCUUAGAGCCUCUUUGCUGCGGUCAUUUGAGAAGCAGUUGACUUUUUUGCAGUUAGCGUAGAGGAAUUUCUGCGUUUUUCGAUGGAUUUUUGCGUUUCUCGAUGGAUUUCUUUGCGAUACGUCUGCCAGUAAAUAUUUUUUCACGAAAAAGGUAGUGAAUUCUUUUGCGUCCCUCCUAAGCGGAGUUGACGGACGAAUUUUCUUUUGCGUCUUACGCUGAACAAUAUGCUUUGCAGGAGCACGAAACUGCUAAAUGUCGUAUAUUGUCCACACCAGGUUUUCCGAAAAAGUUUCCUUCGGGUGGUAUCUUCAGGUUUUCUGCUUAAAAAGCAGUCCUGAGGUGGAGGAAAAUCCUCCUUUCUUGUUCAGUCUUUAAUCCAUUAAAAGGUCUGAAACUUUAGGGGUUUUGCGCCAAGACAAAAGACGACAAAUUUUAUAGUCGAUAUCAAACGAUUCAUCGAUAUUAAUGACUGGCAAUAAGGAUGAGGGCGUGAUUUAAGGUUGUUUACGUCAUGCCGCAAGUAAACUUUUCAAUCAGCUCGAGAUCUUCAUGGCGUUUAUUUUGUCCGACUAGACGUGAUCGAAGAAAUGCGAGCAUGAGAUGUGUGUCCGAACGGAUGGUUUUUAUAAUAUUACCUUGUCUAUAACUUCGCAGUUUGCCGUGUAAUACUUGGUUACCGUAAGCCCCUACGAUUUGUCAUCCUUCCACUUCAAAAUAUAACAUCGUCACAUAUUCGCAGACUCCGCACAAGUACAUGUAUAUUCGAUUUCGGCGUUAUUUUAACUGAGUUAUUUUAGAUAGCCCUCACGACCUCCCUCACACGACGCGACUUUAGCAAAUUCUCAAACUUUCCCUGUUACGUCCACAGCUACUGAUACAAUUUUGAUGACUUAAUAAAUUGUUAUUGCUGACAUGUUUUACUGUUCGUCGGCGCUACUGAUGGCAAAAUAUCCACUUCAAAAUAAAUUUUGCUGCGCGGCUUCCUUGGUAAGGCUGAUUGCACUAAACUGUUGUGGUGUUCAAUGAUGAGUUACCAGAAAUCGAGAUACCUUAUGACGAUUUCGCAUUUUCAGUCCAAAAUGUGUGUGAAUUGUAACACAAUUGCGCCUGUGUUACUUACGUAUUCAAAAUGAAAAUAAGUAGAACCCAUGGAUACUCAAACGGAUCCUAGGGACGACUCUUAGGAAUUGGCAUAUUUUCACGAAAAGCUUUAUUCCGCGAGAUUAUUAACCAGUUUUUGCGCCAGGUAUAUUCCAACAGGCAACAAAUACUGGGCAAAUGUAUUCACCAUGUAGCAAAUCUAUUAAGUAAGCCAGAAAAUGACAAGAGCCAAUUGCCUGUGCUAAAAAAGAAGCAAUAUAAUCGAAUAAUUAUUUAAUUUAUAUCGGCCUAUGACUUGCCAGGGUUAUCCGAACGGCCCUUGGAAUGUUUAAUAAAUAUGCUGGGAGAGUAAUUGAACCCUAUAAGCUAGCCUAGUUUUUGGUAACUGCUGAAUACACCUAUUCAAAUUAUUUUUGCCUCUGAAAAUGAUAUCAAUUAUUUUUACGUAUUUUUUGGAAGUAAAUACACAAUUCAGAACUGACGAGACAGGCAAAUAUGGUCGGUCAGCCCUAUUUGGGCGUAUAUCUAUAACGGAUAUGAACCAGACUCGACCAUGUGCCCUAACGAUAAAAACCUCCUAUGCCUUGUCAAAAUGCUUAAGCAAGUCUGUAUAAAACGUAAUGGGGUGCGAUACGUAUUGUGGAGGAAAACCCUCUCCAAUGUGAUCUGCAGCCCAUUGCUUAAACCAUUUUUUCUACUACUUAGGAUCGACAAUGAUAGCUUUAUAAAUGAAGAGCCGAAUGACUUAGUUCUUACAGCUAUUUUCCGCUAGAUAUUCCAAAGAUUAUUAGACUUACAAUACUAAUUGGUUAAACUGACUCCCAGCAUAGGAAUCAUCUAAAAGCACUAACAGAUAUUUCGCAGAUUUGCUGCCGUUGCCUGAUGCAGAUGCGACACGUUCGCUGAGCGAUGGGUCUCCACGCAUUAAUUUCCGAGGAAAUAAUACAAAUCUGUUGCAAGAAUUUUUUCUUGCUUCCGUGGCCUUUUAACUGAAGGUCGUGAUUUUAGAAUUUUGGAUUCAAGCUCUCGUGUUUCUUGCUGAAUCAGGAGCGAUAAACUGCGCCUUGAAAGACUCCAUUCAUGCUCUUACAUGUAACUGAGGCCUUUGUUUUUGGUAAUUAGUGAAAGUUUGAAAGUUUCCUUAGAUGGCUUUGCCUUCAAAAAUACUUGGAAAUAUUCCUAGAUUUUUCAUCGUUGCCCACUGUUAUGAUGAUAUGCAUGGUCGUUACUGAAGGUGCUCCAUUAAAGUAGGCUAUUCCUUCUCGAGACUUGUAUUGCCCUAUUUUCUGCCCUACACCUUACACAUACGUCUAUCCGUCUUAUUGUAGCCGAUAUGGAUGGCUUAUUUGGAAAGAAAUACAAAAAGUUACUGGAAGACGAGGAUUGCUCGCAGGUACCAUAAAUUUUGCUAAUUCUGGGUUUAUCAAGUUUUGUGUUCUUAAUAUUAUGCUUUGGGGCAUUUUAGAUCCGUUUACAAUUAUUACCCUUGUUGUGCUGUAUUGGAUCGCUCUCAUAUAUGUGCAUAAAGAAACAACAUAUAUAGUGCAUCCACACCUUAGGAAGUUCACUCGUGUCCACCAAGCACGGUUCAAAUAGUUUAAUUGUGUACGGAUUCUUAAGACGUCUAUUAGUCAUUCUUUAGUACAAAUCUGAAUUUAUUGAUCGACGACCUUUUCAGGGUCCUUAUGCCGAUUAAAUCUGUCCAAACCUUGGUAUAAUUCUCAGUUUUCAGUCGCGACGCUGCAGAUCAAUAACACUUCCAGGUGAAACGGUGAAAAGAAUGCUAACUCGGAGGUUAAGGCUUAAGGUGAAAACUUAAACGAUAAAACCUAUUGGUUGAGUCUAAUUGCUACAAACAUGCCGGAAGUGCCAAAUGUGUCGGUGCGUCUGUAGGUGAAACGUAUUUGCGACUUACUUCUGAUCGCUACGCAUCAACCCGCGCAAACUCGAAACAGGAUUUUCAGCGUCCUAUUUUCGCCUUCAUUAAAGUCAAAUGGAUUGGCGUAUAUCAGGAAUUUUUGGAUGGCUUGGUAAUCAGAGAAGGUACAUUCUCUGUAAGCAAAUUUACUCAGUCUUCACUUGUCGCUAACCUCAGGAAACGGUUAAGGUUAAAUAUGCGAAAUCAACUCUGCCGUAUUCAGAAUGACUUCUUGGCAGAGGGCAACGUUUGGUUGACCAGGCACCCCCAUGCUUUCUGUCGGACACGCCAGUGAGAGUAAGGCGUAUCUGCUCUUCUGGAAUUAUUAACGCAGAACUCCAGCAGAUGAGGAACAUUCUUCGCGAAAACGGAUAGCCAGAGAGAUUUGUCCUCCGAAAUACUGGGAAGCGCACUGAAAAGCCUACUGCGGAAAAUGAGAAAAAAGAAAGGCUUGCUUAUAAGACUACCUUUUCUAGGAGAUGGAGUAAGCUAACUAGUAAGACGACGUGUAAAAUCGGCGAUCACGAGCUCUUUCUCCACGGCGAACUUUGGCGUGGCAUUCGUAAACUCCCUCACCUCUGCGUUUGGGAACUAAAGACAGACCGCCGUAGCAGCCUAUGUGUAUUUACUGGUUCACUUGCUCUUGCGAAGCGGGAUACAUUUGUCGUACAACGAAGCGCCUGGAAAAUAGAAUAGGGGGACACUUGCCGGCCUGGCUAAGCAGAGGUGAAAGCAAAUCGAUUUCGAGUUCUAUUCUUGCACAUAAAGUCGAUACGAAUAACCGAGUCGAUGCCAGAGAAGGCUUUCAGGUUGUCUACCGGAUACCAGCAAAUCUCUCUAAAGGCCUACGCCAACGGAUGCUAGCUAUAUCUAAGGCAGUGGCUAUAAGGUUAGGGAAUCCAGUGCUAUGUUGUCAGAAGACGUUGAAACAUGUGCUCUGUCUUCCUUGGCCAACGCCAACCCCAGGUGGUUAUUGCAAGUCGCCCCAAUCCCUGAUGACAUUGCUGAACUUACAAACACCAUACACAGCCUUUGUCACCCCCUAUUGCAUCAAAGACCACAACACGUCGAACCCUUCACGCAGGUGAAAUGGGUACGACGAGCCUUAGUAACCCCUUAAACCCUCAUAAACCCCGCGAACGCCCCAUAUUUUCGAUUUAUAUGCAAGUAUAUGGGCCUGACGAUGAAUCACUGAAAAAAUUUUGAUUGCAAACUUGACUUUACAACUCAAAUAGUUUAUUUCACUGACGAAACAAAGCCUAGGACCGUCCACAUACGGCCACAGAAGCCUAAGCGCCUCGCGUUGGCCAGUCAGCCACAGUAAAUAAGUCAGGCAGUUCAGGGCACUUUGACGCCAGGACUGACUCGUCACCCUGUACGUGCACAUAUAUCUCGAAUUCGGAACAAACAAUUUGUUACCUGUUCACCAUUUGUCAGUGUCUGUGGGUUUUUGGAAUUUGGCACGCGCUGUUUUGACGCGAAUUUGGGUAAGGGAAUUAGCCGAACUACUCUCCUAAUUUGUUUUGCGUCUUACGCGAGUUGCUUAUAUUUUAAGUCAAGAAAGUAGACCAGACUUCAAAAAGAAGUAACAUAAGACCUGAAAAUGUCAUCAGACGUUUACUGUUUCUUUGUUAUUUUUCGGACACUUAGACUUUUUUCGAGCAUUAUGAGGUUUCAAAAGGGAUAACAAUGCACAGUCUAGUGCAACCACAACAGAUACAAUGGGGUUAUUUUGUUCAACUCCCCCUCCCCCCCAUAUAAAGUGGAAACAGAUUAAGUGGCAAAGAAUUCGGUCUUUUAGACUGCGCGAUUCCUGUGCACUGGUCUUAAGACAAGUUCGCUAGAGAGCUUUUUUAACAUCCUAAACUGAGUAUUGGGUCUUCUAAAACUGGCUUCUGGCAAAUAACAUGAGGUUAACUCCAAAUCGUCCAGGUGCCGACUUAAUUUCGCUUUGGCCGGACACUCAAUGAUCGUCCUUCAAUUUGCCGGUUGCUAUUCUAUUUGAAUCCGCAUUUUUGGGGUCCGAACUUCAUUUAAAACCAUCCAGCCCAAUUCUGCAUCCCGGGGUCACGGAUGAAUAGCCAUGGUCAUUGCUGCAUUUACCUAAAGCCCGCAAAUAGCCCACGAUGAAGGAACCCGUGCCUAUUGCCGCAAAACUUCACUUUGAAACACCAAUUUUCUUUUUCUUUUGAGAUUUUUCAAUAUCCUAAAAUAUCUAUGCUAAUUCCUAGACUAGUGUGAAUGCGUUCUGUUCGGUGGUUACGAAUGCUUCCUUCUCGUGGCCAGAACUUUAGUUUCAAAUUAUGGGCGGUGCACAGUAUUGUCCACACUGUGCCUGUUUCGACGCUCAAAGGUGUGAUUGUUAUUGAAAAAGGCAAACCACUUCAAAAGUAUUGUUUACAGCUCCUUUUUUAAGAAUCUGGCUUAUUUUCAAACUCUUGACCAUGAGAUGAAAAGGUUUUAGUCAGUAGCUUUCAGACGGUUGAACUAUCUACUGACCACAGCUAUGUACAGGAAGUUAGCUGUUUUCCUGUAUGUCCACAAAGACGUAACAUCUAGUUCUCUGUGUCAGGCGUUAGAUGAAGAACUUUCUGCCUAAUUAUGCAGAAGUUACGACAACACUCAGAAAUUGGCUAGUUGUGCUCUCCUAACUCGAGACUCUGCGUAUUAGUGUGUUCAGUUAUAACAACUAAAAGAUCGGAUUUUUACUAGCUCCUAGAGGUUCCCCGUGAAGCGUCCGCGGCGCCAUUUCCCGGAACGGACUCCUCGGACGUUUACUCGCAAGCCCCGCCGUCGAGAGACACAAGAUGCCUCCCUCCGAAUCCCGCGCCCAGUGAACUGGACUUUUCCGAAGAACCGAUGAUUGUGGGCUCCGAAUCAGUACCCCGUAUGGGUGCCAAGACAAAACAUGAUCGAGGUAAACGCAACCGUGGCAAAUAUAACCGUAUGCCUGUCCUCUAAGAGUCGACUACAUUUCCAUGCUAUCCUUCAAGCUGUCUCUCCACUGGCAGUUGAAUUCGUUACUGCAUCCAAUUCUUCCAUCCUUCAUGCCUUGAAGAGCUAACUAGCAAAUUUGUUGUUAAUCCCUGCAUUUCAGUGUUACUGAAGAAUAGAUUCCUGUGGGCUUUUUCCGGUUUACGACAGAACUAUGUAGUUGAUGUCCUAUUCAUGUCUUAUUAGAGGUAAAGGAAAACACUGUCAAAAGACAUUGAAAUGUGAAGGGUUUGGUUCUCUUCGAGCUUUUUAGUGCGCCAGCAUAUUGAUUAAAGUGAAGUUCACCACUUCGUCUUUAAUGGAUCAGAGUAAUUACUGCCAAGAUAUUUAACAUUAGCCUGAAACCAGACAACAUUUACAAGGAAACAAAAAUUUCAAGAAGUUGUAAACAGGAUUGCUAUUUGGCGGAAAGCCUCGGAUGGACAAACUAAUUCCUUCACCUGCAUUAUGUCCCGUUAUGGGGGGGGGGAAAGCCGUAUUGCGCAGUCAGACGAGUUAAACUGGAUGCGUUUGACAGAACCCCGUCUGAUUGAAAAGCUUCCUACUUCCUAGUAUCAAGGGUUUACAAAUUCACUUUCGAUCGCAAAAUAACCGACACAGAUCGCAACAUCGAAUAAAGUUGGAAUACCGUCGUUCGAAAGACGUUGCUACAACCAUGAAACCUGGUCAAAACCCGUAAAGUCCCGUCCUUCAUCAGCCCUUCGCUUGUGGCUACCUUUAUCCAACUUUAGAAUAGUCAAACCUAUGCGAGGUAUAUGCAAGAAUAGUCGUGGUCAAGACCCUCCACUUCUUAACAAGGUCUAUUCGAAGCUGUAGUUCCCAUUUGUCCUGUAGACUAUGCUCCUAUUGUAAAUUCCCGCAGCCAUGCAAACAAUGCCUGUGGUCUCCUCGCAAGUAUUCAGCCUCAUUUUUGUCUUAAGGCAUGUCAUUAGAGCCUAAAUGUCGAGUUUUAUCUGUCAUGACUAGGUGGCCAUUAACUUUCUGAUCUCCUGUUUGUUUGGCGUGAACAAAACAAUCGGACCUCUGUCCAUUUCGUAGAGUAACCGCUGAAAUGUGACCACAGUUGUCACAUAACAGCGGCAGAUAAAAGCAUCUCCUUACAAUAUGUAGUCAUUGUAACCUGGCUUUUGUAAAAUUGCGGUAUGCGUUUGCAAGGGGCGCGGAAGCCGAGCUCAGAAGUUGAGUGUGGCAGAAAGUACUGCAUGGAGCCCGCCAAUGUGUGAUUGUAGCCCAUCUGCAAAUUGUCGCCGGUAAUUACAGCACAUAAAAAUUACCAGGAUAUUAGAAAAACUGUUAUGGGUUCACCAGACUUCCUCGGAACGUAUAGUUGCAUGGGGCCUGUUUUGCUGAAUUACGUUCACAAAUGUGGAGGGCAGGCUUCACGGUUUUGUUCCAAAGUCUAUUAAGUGUGCACCAAAUCCGACAGGGGAGAUACUACGCGGUUACCGAGUUUCAAAUGUUUGUUACAUUUGAUGACCGGAAACGUAAGUGCUCCCAAGCGCUCACCUGAAUUCGAUCUUAUGUUUUACGUUGGUUGCGAUAUUCACAGUGGUUUAACUUGGAAGAUCAGACGCGGCAACUCAGAUUUCAACCUGCUCACCUGUAAAACAGUGGAUAGACAAAGUAGAUAAAUUUACCUGUUAAAUAAAAAGUUUAUCAAGGAAGCUGAUUUUAUACGGUGCAAUAUUGCAGACAUUUCGCUCCUGCCACCAGCGUUAUAAAGAACGUCCUCAGAUCCAUACAGCUCAACAACACUGAUUAAUGUCGAAUCUCUGGUUCUGCGUUGCCAGUAUAAUUUUCUACGUCAGCAAGAUCAUCAUUGAUAGUGUUCCUCAGAACUUAAUUCGUAUAAACGUCGUAAACUGUCUGAUAUCUUUUGGCUUCUUCGUCCUUGUCCGCAUUUGUCAACAAGAUAUUUUGGCUUUGACUUUAAACUUUUGGUCACUAUCUGAAAAAACACCUUCUCCUUAUUAGCUAAUCAGAACCUUCCUCCAGAUUCUAGUUUUACCCGGAUGAAUAUGCGGAUUGCCCGGGGAGAUUGCGCUAGUUUAUCCCGGCCAAAUAUAGUAGUUAACCAAUUUUCCUAGAAAUUCAAAUUUUUCUCGGAUUGAGUCAUUUAUGCUGACUUUACCGUCAGUGUUGGAGGUUCAUUUUAAACUUUGCGGUAGUUUGGAAGAUGAUGCCGCUUAAGUAACUAAGUUAUUUUGAACGAGAUUGAACAGACAGACUGGAGUGACUUGGUGGCCCUACCUGUAGGUCUUUUUCUCGAUAUGCAAUCUAUUCCUCCUGAGUUGUGCACCUUCAAAAAUGAACUCUUGCGUCCAGCUAAAAAAUUGACCAAACUCUUAUUCCUAACUUGCGUUUGAUGCUCCACUCUUGAUCGAAAAACCAAAAAGGUAGGAAACCUGUCACUGAUCCCUGUUUCAUGAGAACCAUUAAUUUAGUGACCUUAUUCGGGCCGAAGAAUAGUAUUUCAUUAUUUCAACACCUGUUUCAAUGGCGGCAUUUCUACCGGUGACUAUACGAAUUUUUAUGUUUUUGUGAUUCUAAUUGGCAACAUAACAUUCGAACCCAUUUAGAGCAGGAAUCAAGCAGAGACAUAAAGGAUCACAUUAUUCCAUCCGCUUAUCGUGGCCCCAAUUCUGACAAAUAUAUCUAUCUAGGCUGUUAUCGAAUAUGUAGGGGGAAUUUAUAACUGGAAUUUUAUCGUGAAAUGUUACCCAAAAUACUGAAAUGCGUCUUCGAUUAGGAAAGAGUAUUUAGGUGAGGUUACAACAUUGGUCGUCAUGUAGCGUUAUCUCACAAUAUGCCAGAUACGCCAGAAUCUUGGCUUUUGAACGCAAUGCUUUUCGGCCGGCGGCAAGGACUGUAUUCAGUAACAAAAUGGCAAGUUUAUUAAUAUGAAUUAUUCCCGCUGAUUUUAGGGGCGCCUAUAAACUCAAGUCUAUUUUCUAGUAAAUAUGCCUAAAGUGUUCUUUUUGCAAUAAAAUGGUAGAAAAUCGCUAUUACCUCAGAUUUUGUGGUCAAAGAAAGGAUUAGAAAAAACUUCCAAUCCUCAAAUUAUUUUGGGCAUGGGCUGUCGUCGCAGUGGAGUUUAUAAUUUUAAGUCUACAAGUUGUAUACUUCCCAUGUAAGGAAAAUCUUAUAUUCCUCUGUGCCGUCAAGUGGAUACCAUAGUUGGCUCAUGAAAUUUUGUAAUGGAUGUGUACUAUGUCGUAUACUUCAUGGAGCACAUUAAUAAGCGGACAGAUACGAGGCUACUUGAAUGCUUCCCUUAGAACGCAAUCGCCACCUUGGAAUAAAGCAUUUUUGGUAAAGUUUCCUAAGCUCAGUCCGAAAGCUGACAUGAUUAUUUAAGUCGAAAUUCUUCAGCUUUAGCAGGAUAACCGCGUGCCCUUCAUUAACUGCAAACUGUAGAUCAGGCGUGUAUAUAUUUUUCAUAAUUCAUCGCACCAGCAGCUCAGGUACACACUAGAUAAAAGCCCAGACACCUGGUUCGCCGAUAUUCCAUCGCUGAAUGGCGCAGCUGUGAGGGACUCGACUCAUCAGUGGGUACCCCCACAUUCCCUAUGUAUUUUCUAGUAAUUACUCCAAACUAAAAAUAUUGUCGUCUGUGGCCUUGAGCACAUAGAUAUGUCUUUUCCAAGUGAAGAUUUUCAAUUAUCUGGAACUCCUACACAAAAGCAACCCUCAAGUCUAUAGUACGAGAUAUCGCCCCUGUGUAGCAGCAACGAUGGAGGUCCUAAUGGUUACAAGGACAAAAAGUAGCCGAAUUUUAAGAAUCACAUCAAGGACUUGGAGAGGAGUUCUGUUCGUUCGAUAGAAUUCAUUACAGAAUGGCAAAUCGUCGAUAUGUAACCCUAGCCGGUGAGCUUAUGACCGAAGGAUACCACAGGGGAAUGAAUGCGGAUGUAGACCCGAAAAACCCUUAAAGGAAGAAACUAAGCGGCCGAUUAAGAACCGCGACUCCAUGACCAUCUCCGCCACACCUGAUCAAAAACCCAAAUUUAGUUCAUUUAAACUUGGCAAUAUUUAGGUUGCUCCCCACCACAGAUAAAUCCCUUUACGCCUGACGUUUUUGACCAAGUGUACAUUAAUUUUCUUUCGAUUCUUGGCUGUGAAGACCAUACAGUUCGAGUGUAAAGUUUAAAUGGACAAUGAAUGCACCAACCGCUUCAGAAAAUCUAGUUGCAUGUGUAUUUUUAAGCUCCAUCUGUGUACACAGGUUUUUGCGGCUCAUUUCAGAAUAGCAUCACAAUAUCCUUCGUUAUCAAUUAGUUUUGCAUUGUAUUUCACUGAAUGACAUAAUUGUUUAGAUUGACAGAAGUUCGGCAUUCUGGGCUUCCCUUGUCUAAACAGUUUUGAUUACAGACGUCCCUAUAGACGUUAUAUAAUUUUACGGGUCACACAUGAUUUCUUCAAAAUUACCAGCUGGUUGCAGUCUUUCCUAUUUAAACGUUUUCAAGCCGCCGUAGGAUUAAUUCCCUUAAAAGUCUUUAAAAUAUCUAGUUCUCUAAGUGACCACAAUAAAUUCACCCGACCACCUCUGUAUCUGCUUUCACUCUUUAGGCGUUGUGGGUAAUGCGUGCUUUUAGGCAGACUGUUAAAGGUGGUUGACUUCUUAGUGAAAAGUGAUACUUCAUCCUGAUUAUUUAAAAUCACACUUCAGUUAAACGAAACCGUGUAGCAUACGGAUAAAGGAUAUGCUACUAUUAUUUAAAAAUGAGGUCCUGGAGCACAAGGCUGUUUUCGCCCCAGACAAUUAUCGUCGGUCUUUCCAAUUUUCAAGGCUGAUUUCGACGUUCAGCGCCCAAUUUAACGCACAUAAAGCCAGACUAGAUGUUCCCUCUAGGAUGUUAACAAGCUUCGAAAGAGCAGAAAAUAAAAUGUCGCCACGUCUCUAUAUUCAUCUCAAUAUUUUUUUGUUUCCUCUUCAAUGGCAUUUAAGAAACAAUUUAAAAACUACUUUACCAAAUGGAGAUUUAGAAAGAAAAAUAAUGAAACACCUCAGCUCCACCUGUUUUAGUUUGUUUGAGGGAAAUUGGAUAUGCAAAUUUAUUGAAAAAAGACGGAAUGAUCACUGGGGCGGUAGCUUUAUUAGUCUGAACUCUUGAACUCGAACAGGAGUUCAGCAUCAGAGCCUGUUAGAGUGCAACAACAUGUGAAUAUUUCUACAGUCGUACUGUGAGGGUUUUAUGUUCGUGGCUAGGUCUGGUUCGCGCCACCUGGCUCACAAUGGUCUCAUAGCAUGGUGACGGUUUGCCCUUGGCGGCGGUGUAAGCCGCGUCACCAUGUUGCGUGGGUGUAGUGCGUGAUAACGCGGGGGUAAGUCGAUAUGUCCACUGAUGGUGUUGGGGUCUGACACCCACACCUCCAACAGUUCCCCCUCGUCUUGUUGCCGGCCCGCGCCAUUAUCUGCAACCUGGCGAAGUCGAUCACUUGGCCUUUUUGCAUUGUUUAAGUGAGGACUUUAGACAGUGGAUCAUCUCUCCGAACAGUCCGUUUGGGUUUGAGUAUUUGAGAGCUGAGGUGUCGUAUUGUUCGACUUCCAUAAUGGCAAGGACGGUUAUGGCAGUGGAUUUGACAAGCUACGCCCGACUGCUCACCUGCGUCCAGCCGAUCUCCCAUCUUCAUGAUUCUGGGACGCCUGGUAGCUGACGGACGACGGUCGAUGGCCGCGUCUAACUCUGCUGCGAUGCUUCCUGUGGCCCCGGACACGUUCUUUGUGUAGUGUAUCGGGUGCCAAUUUGCUGGUGUCUCUCCCCUGCUUGUCCACCGUGGGUGCGUACACAUGCAGCGGCUGGCGGCAUUCUUUAGAUAGCCGAUCUUUGGUAAUUGAUUUCUGAGAUGCUGUAGUUCUUGUACUCUUCCUUCGGGCUCGCCACAGUGCGUUUUACCCGGUCUAAGAGCGACCUAACACAGCCCCUUUGUGUACCAUUGGGGGGUUUCUAUGACAGUCGAGGACCUCUUUUUGUUAGCCGCCUUUCUAUACACCGCAAUAUUGAGUUUACCAUCAGGCCUGCUCGUGACGGCCACGUCAGGGGAGGGUAAUUUCUCGCCUUCCUCUUCUCUUAUAAAAUGAAUGUCGGGAAAGAUGCCGUUAAGCGGACCUUGAAAAGCCGAUAUCCUGUCCCUCUCGAUAGCGACGAAUGUAUCGUCUGCGUAUCGGCGCUAAAACGCAGGUUCGCAGUGUUCAAAAGCGGCCUUUUUCAGCUCUUGUAGGGCAAGUUCCGCAGCUAGACUGGAUAGUGGGGAGCCUAUGGAUGUUGCCUCGAUUUCUUCGUAUGUUCCGCCAUUGAAGACGCAUUGACUUACCCUGUGUUAUCACGGACUUCGCCCACGCAGCCAAAAGACGCGGCUUAAACUGCCGCCAAGGUCAAACGCCGUCACCAUGCUGAGACCAUUGUGGGCCAGACGUUGCGAACCAGACCUAUCCACGGACGUAACCCUCCCCCCCGCCUACCCCCACGACACGAACGUAUAAAUGUUUACUUGUUGUUGCACUUUACUAGUCUCUGAUGACGAACUCCUGUUUAAGCUCGAGAGUUCAGGCUUAUAAAGCUACCGUCCCAGUGAUUGCGCCUCUGUCUUUUUUUAAACAAGAACUUGAGAUGCGCAUAUCCUCUUCAGUCACGCAAAUCUAUACACGCAAUUUGUUGCAAUCAUUGGAGAUACAUUAAAAAGGUAAGAGCAAACACGUACAGAAAAAAACUUAAGAAGCUUACAUAUGAACGAAAUUUUUCAAUGUUGGCAUCGCCGGCUGUUAUAUAAUCACUCUGGAAUGGGCGCUCACCAAUCCCUCGGCUUGCCGAAACAAACAAGCUUCGUAUGGUGAUAGGGGUCACGAACCGGCAACCACCUACAAGGCCGAUGUCGGCCAAACCAUGAGAGCAGACAGAAGAGAACAGAGUCUAGGAGUAGACCGACACAAAACUGUUUCGGACUUGUUGGUUUGCAUAUAUAUGGAUAGGCAGAAAAUAUUACCGACAAAAACAAGGGAGACUGGAAUGGCCAUUUCUGGCUUACUAGCCGUCGUCAGCCAGUCAUACCCAACCGCGAAGUGUGGCGCACCCGAGGCUUGAACUCGCGACCUGUUGGUUUAGAAGUCCACGCCUCUACUCACCGGGCCACGAGCCCGUUGCCCUGUCGGUUUUCGAUCGGGAAUAUACAAUGGUAGGGGGCGCUCACCGAACGUUCUUACGGAACUCACUCCUUCCGUUGUGCCUUAUGGACUCUCUCUCGAGCCCAACCAGCAGCCGCACAGCGGCGCAUGAUAAAGGCAGAUAUGAUAUUACCGACAAAGACAAGGGAGACUGGAAUCCGGAAUAAGCGCACCCCGAUCUAUUGGCUUCACGAAGCAAACAAGUUCCGUAAGGGUGGCAAAGGUCGCGAACAGGCAACCAAUUACCAGGCCGAAGUCAACCAUGUCAUAACAUUAGCGAGAAUAUAUCUAUAUGCAUUCCGAAUGGCAGAGAAAUCGCGCGGCCCAGGUUAUUGUAUAGAAGAGGAUGGGAAGGCGAUCAUUGGAACUAAUUUUCUACUUAUCCGACUUUUCAAGCUCUCACGCAGGCCAAUCGCCGAGGACUGAGAGGACUGUGCAACUUAUCGCAUUAUUGCUCACCUCUGCCAGGGAUGACCUCCAGUUGCGCUGCCGAUUUGUCCACGCAGUGCUUUAUAAGCGAUUGGCAGGUCGAUGCGCCGAUGUACAAUUUUUUAUUCUUUGUCGAUGGGUUCGCGUGAGAGUCCGAAACAUCGGAUAAGUAAGCAAGUGGUCCCAACGAUCGCCUUCCCGCCCUCGCUAAUAUAUACGUACAUACAGUGCGUGUAUUACGUAUAGUACGUAGGCAGUUCACUAAAUAUGCAACAGGUCAGACGCUCACUUGGCAUAUGUAAACAUGUAUCGUGUCCGUUAUCUUCCGACGAAAGUAAAGAAGACCUGCAAGUCCAUAGACCGAAUUGGAUAUGUACUGCUAUUUCGGAAACAAGAAACUUCCUAAUAAGAUAUCUGAACUCCGAAUGUUUACUCAAACGCAUAUAUAAAAUACAUAAACACCUCACUAUGAGUGCAACAGGCCAGAUGCAGACAGCUGUUUUACGUUCGUUGCCGAUUAUCAGUACGUCAUAGGCCACAUGAAGUGAGGUAUAUAAACAUGUCAAGUAAGCGUUCGACCCUCACUGUUGUGGUUAGGAUCUCACUCGAUCCCAUUUUGUCCGCCCCCCUGUUUGCUACUGACGACAACGAACGUUGUGUCAUAGGACACGUACCACAUAUAACACAUAAGCAGUUCACUAGGAGUGCAACAGGUCAGAUGCAGACAGCUGUUUCAUGGUCGUUGCCGAUCAUCAGUGCAUCAUUGGCUAUGUCAAGAAAGGUAAAUAAACUGCUUACGUAAUAUAUAUUGUGUGUGUCUUGUAACACAACGUCAACUGUCGCCAGAAAAAACCUGGCGGGGGGACAGAAUGGGGUCGAGCAAGAUCUUAACCACAACAGUGAGGAGCACUCGCUUACUUGUCAUAUAAUUAUCUGUACCCAUACAUCGUUUUCAUUAUCUCCCGAAGAAGGCAAAGAAGAACUGCGAGUCCAUGACCCAAAUUGCAUUCGUACUGACACUUCGGAAAAGUGAAUGUUCCCAAUAAGAUACCUGAACCUCGAAUGAUUACGCAAACGUAUAAAUAUGCAGGAAUUAAGGUAGUGCGUAGUAAAAUAGACAGUUUAAGCAUAAGUAUUCUACUGAGGAGCAAGUACAAUAUCAAGUGUCAAUUACAGUGACAGUAAUCGUGUGACAACACUGGUCAAAAUUAAAUAAGUAGACUUCCCGAAAACUAGGAGCUAUUCGUAAAGGACCCAGUCGUCUAAGGAGUGGAGGAUCUUUCAGCAAGGACAAAGCAAAUAAAAGAUUCUUGAAGUCGCUUCCUUUAUCGGAUAUGCUCUCCUUCCCUCUUUUUUGUGAUCCUUGAGGUGUUUCUAUUCCUCAUUCCAAUGGUAUGUUUCCCUAGGCAUACUCAUAGAUCCAUUCUAUGCGGGCAUAAUGAAGCUGCAGGAGGAAAUUCUCAGUCCCGGUGGAGUCGAGAUACGCGCCUAUGCAUCCAAUUUGCUUUCAGAUGUCGCCUUUGUGGAAGUGGAUGGCAGUCUUUGGUGAGUGAAAACAAAGCGUUUUAUCGCCGACAUUGUUGUACACCAGCUGUAGGGUUUAGCGUUAAGGAUUUUUUCGCUAGAGUGCACGUUUUAUUGCAACAGACAGUACCCUUGUCAAGCCUUAGACGGUCUGUUUAUCUCAUAUCCCCUGCUUCUAAGAGCCAAUGCUGCCGCCGCUGCAUAGGUUCAAAUGACAUCUUUAUUCCUCUUACCUGUGCAUAUGCAGGUAAACACUUUAUCAUGACUGAAGAACGGAAUAUGACCCUCAAAACUUCAUUCUAAGGUUCUCGGUUAUACUCGGUCUCGGUUUGGGUUGGGUUUUACUGACAAUGCUAGUUCAGAACUCAUUAUUCCGAUCUACCUCCCCCUUAGCGGUAAUACUUCCCGAAAUCUGUAUUAAUUUUAAUUGCUGGACAGUGGCUGCCAGUCAAGUGGCUAUUUUAAGACUUUUCAUCAGCCCCCUUGGCAGAGACGAACUUUUAUAUGCUCCAACGAGAGCAAGUGUAAGCCCGGAAUGUGACCUUACACUGGGUGCGCCCGAAUGUGUUUUCGAAGCCCACACUUUUUUUCCUUCUCCCUGAAAGUCUGGCCCACUUUCAAGGAUUGUGGGAUAUUCCCGGCAUUUCGUAUUUACUCCUGUCAGAUGUCUGCCCCGCUGUUAGACGAUCGUGCCGAGUCUCUAGAACUGAAAAUGAAAGAUCGAGUAAAGCACUUGUUUAAGUUGAUCAUCAGAACAGUUUUGGUCGCCAGGCAGAGCCUCGUGCGGCCGCGAUGGCAUGACUGCAGAAAAGGUUAUAUGUCAGAAGAAUAUCACCCUGCUAGGAACCCUGUGUCUUCGGGAUUCUUGUUUUGAACCGCGCGCCCGCUGCGAUCACCUAAUGGAAACAAUAUGAAAGUAGCUUGUUAGUCUUUUUCUGAUCUUAGUGCCUCAGUAGGUCUUUUGUUCCGCCUUUACUGAGGAUGGACAUAAAUAUGACCUAGUUUCCGUCAAUGGACAUCCUAUCAUCUCUCAAUGCUUGUUUAAUUAUUCCAUGUCGUCAUAGAAUAUGCCGACUUUAGUCGUAUUGAACCCUGGUCAAAACUGUUCUGGGAUUGACUUCUUCUCUGUGUAACCUCGUGGACGAUCGUUUACAAUAACUGCCCUUCUUGUUUAUUUCGCUGCAAAUGUAGCAGCGGCUAGAUUUAUGUCUCUUGGACCUAUUAACAAGUGCCUCGGAUAGGUUUUAAAUCUCAUGGUAGCUGUUCGUAGGUCGUUCGGGUCUGCACCUAGCAGUCCUUAAACAAUGCAGUCUUUAAACACAUUCCUCUUCUGUUAAAUGGGAGGCUAGACACAGAAGCUAAAGCGCAAUACUAUGCUGAGAUUGCAAAUUGGGCACUGAGUGUUUCACGCAUUGAAUUUGCAAAGGAAAAGUGAAAGUCAUAAACUCGGUUGUGCCGAAAUAAACUGCAGUCAUUGAACGCGUAUUCGGUUAAUCGAUUUUUAGGUAGAAGGUGGAAAAGAAAUAUAGAGCAGAAAAUAGUACUGAGUUGGAAAAUUCGUAAGUGAGAGCAUAGAGAAACUACACAGUUUCCAGUAACUUGCUAAAAAGAAAAACAUUUGCAGUGGCCAGUGAAGACUGUCGAUAUUUCUGUAAGGCAUGUCAGAGGAACCGAUAAAGACUUAAUUUGACGUUUUCACGGCUUUUGGUCCUCAACCACGGUUAAGGUUCGUGAGUGCGUUCUUAUGGAGGCUUCGAGCGCUUUGGAGUCCUCGGGUUAGUACGAUAUCUGAUCACCAGGUACAAGUGAGAGGGUACCAUAGGCUGAAGAUCGUUUAAGUAUGCAGAAGGUGGGCUAAAUCAUGAAAUGUCAACGGAAAUUCCGAAAUGCGCUUUCGUUUCGAAAAGAGUAAUUAAGUAUGGUUGUAAUACUAGUCAGACUGCAACAUAAUUCUAUAAUAUGUUAGUUACCUCAGGAUGUCGGCUUUCGAAUGAACUUCCCGUCGGCUGCAUGCAAAAACUACACUCUGUAAAAACUGGCUACUUAAGUAGCGUUAAUUUUUCCCACUGAUUGUCGAUGCUCAUAAAAGUCCAUUUAUAUUUCAUGCAAAACAUGCAUAUAAUAUUCAUUUUUUGCUCAUUCGGUAGAAAAUUACGUCUUCCUUCAAUUUAACACCUGAAGAAGGGACUUAAUCCGGUUUUGAAAGGUGAGACUUUAAAUACCGUGAAAUGGCUGUUGAUGAAUCGUCAUGUCUCUAUUUACCAAUGUGGCUAGUAAAGUUAACAAUAUGGAUCAAAUUCACUGCUAAAUUCUAUGGACAUUAUAUGGUCCCCCUUUGUUACCGUAGAGAAAUGUGCGGUUUUCCGUACGCGGAAAAUAUACGGCUUGUAGUUUGGAAGCCCUGGAUGCAAGUGUAACGGCAGAUCGGGUUCAAAAUUCUUCUAGAAUUAGAUGAGCUUUUGAAAACCGAAUCAUACCCUUCCGUCGAGUAUAAGAUUGUAAAAAGACAUAAUUGUCUACCGAAUGAGCAAAAGAAUGAAUAUUUAAUGCAUGUUUUGCAUGAAAUAUAAUCGGACUUUUAGGAGCAUCGACAAUCAAUGGGAAAAAUUCAUGCUAAUUAAGUAGCCAUUUUUGCAGAGCAUUAUUUUUGCAUCCAGCCGACAGGAAGUUCAUUCGAAAGCCGGCCUCCUGAGGUAACUGAAAUACUAUAGAAUUAUGUUGGAGGCUGACUAGUUUUACAACUUUACUUAAUUAUUUGUUUCAAACGAAAGCGCAUUUCGGAAUUUCGGUUGACAUUUCAUGAGUUAACCCACCUACUGUAUGUUUGGAUUAUGUUAAAUAAAACAGUAGUAUUGGCAUGGUCAGACGGAUGGCAGUGGUCCAUUCUUGCUUUUUGCCGUCCCCAGCCAGCUGCGUCCCGCUUCACGUCAGGAGAGUCUGCAAGAACUUUAGACUGCGACUGCGUCUUAAAAGGAAGGACUGCUUUACGUUCUGUAACCGAACCAACUCGAUGGACAACAGGUUUCUGGUACUCGGAAUAUUAGGCGCAGCAAGGCCCUGGAGACCUGUCAUUGAGAACUGCUGUACAGCGGUGGGGUGGCAAUCUUUCGCUCAACAUGGGUUGAUCUUGGUCAAGUCAAGUUGCCAGUACAACCUAACCUACGAGAAGCGACAUGAUUUUGGACAAAUAAGAGUUGAUGCUGCUGGCAGCCAACGGUAUGAACGCGCGUAACAGUACGUCCACUGCGAGCGACGACAACCACCAUGGGCCCCAAGGGGUGGGUGCAGCGCUGGAGACUUGUGCGUAAAUUCGUUUACGAUGGAGAAAACUUGCGCAACAUCCACCACACUCUUUCGUUCCUCAUGCGCUUUUCACCGAUGGUAAAAUGAUUUCAGAACGACCGGGGCUGGGCGCGAAUUCAGUACCUGACAAAGGUAAACAGCCCGUCUACCUGUGUCACACACGACCUGAUCACCGGUGAAUGUGCCAGGAUUCACAGGAGACGACUCUGAUCUCAAGCACCUACUAGUGCUACAGAAGCCUUAGUACAGAUUUGCUUAUGAAGCCCCACCUGAAGUAAACGAAACCCAACCGCCUGUAAAACGGGACCGGUGGUAAUAGGGGGUUUUACAAGUGGGACCGGGGGACGCACAAGCGACGAGGUCAAGUAGUCGUAUGCAAAAGAAAAGCUAUUUGGAAUGCGCGGUUGCACUUUGAGUGGUUGAGAAAUAGCUGCCAUAACCCCUAACCCUAACACUAACCUUGGACCCCAAGCCUUAACUCUAACCCCUAGCCGUAACCCCUAACCCCAACCUCAAAGGUAUUGUGUCCAUCAGGUGGGGCUUCAUAACCACAUCUUACCAAGCUUUAUUAAAAAGUAUUCAUUGAGCCGGACUCUCAGUCCUCCAGCCAGUCACCUCGCAUACAUACGCAGUACUGACCACGCGGACCGAAUUAUAUCGUCAGUUUGCAACCUUUCAUGCCACGAAUUUUAGCGCGUAGUGGCAGAUGAAUGUGCGCCAAAUUUAUCAAAGUUGGAAAUGUGCUGAUUUAUCAUGGAGAUGGAUUCCCAAAGGUCAAACUCACUAGCCCUCUCUCUCUUCCUUCUCUCAUACCCCAGUCGACUGUUCAACUCUGUUAACCGGAUGGCGCCGAAGUUGGGUACAGUGGCUUGCAGAGCUGGAUAGCUCGUCUACAUGUGCUCCAGGCCACUCAAUCGCUUCAUUUAACAAGACACAUCACGUGCAUCAAACCCGCACAGAGGCUAAGCACGAUAUAGAAUUUAAAAAGUGCAAAUGAGAUAGGUGAAGUCGCCAGGCAAAGAUUAAGAAAACACGACUCGAGGGGUCAUUUUAAUAAUUACGCUUAACGCAGACUGUACGGCAUCCUUGGGAACAUUACAACAGACCUUUAAUCAUGUGGAGUUGUUCAAUGCCCUAGCUUUCAUUGUGGCUGUGCUUUUCGUGUCUAUUUCAACUCACUAUAAGAAUCUAUAAGGCAGACUUUCGGCUGAAAUUGUCACAGCGUCUUGGGUCGAAUGUGAUUAUGUAGCCCCACCUGAAGUAAACAAACCCCAGUCUCCUCUAACAGGGGGACGGUAGUAAAAGGGGUUUUUUACAGGUGGAGCCGGGGAACGGACAGGCGACGAGGUCGAGUAGCCGUAUGCAAAAGAACAGCUAUUGGGAAUGCUCGGUUGCACUUUGAAUGCUUGAGGAUUAAUUGGGCUAACCCCUAACCCCUUAACUAUAACCCAUAGUCCUAAACCCUAACCCUUAAUUCCAACCCCUAACCAUAAGCCCUUACACUAACCCUUAACAUCAACCCAACAGUAUUGUGCCCAUCAGGUGAAGCUACCAAACUACAUUUUACCGCGUCUGGUUAAAGCAAGCCUUCAACAGACUGGAGAGCAGCGUUGCAAAAUUAGAUGUCGUGGCUCGGUUUUAUAUGGUACACGAGUCGGACGUCCCAAGAAAGAAAAGGCAGCACGGUAAUGUCCUGAUAUCACCGGGAGGCGCAAGAAUCUGCCGGAGUUAAUAUUCGGGCCCAAACUGUGAAGAAGUAAUAGAGCGUUUCAAACAUAAAAUUAUUAAGCACCGUACUGAAGGGUGGAAUAAGACGAAACAGGACUGCUGCAGGUGACCUCUAGGGGGUAUGUUCCGAAUUAAUCUAACGGGUAAAGCCCCACUUACUCGGCCUGUUAGAUAGCCCCGCAUAACUGAGCUCUGUGGUAAAGUGAGUCCAUUACAGCGGCCGACCAAACUGCCGGAUUUUCCGUAAUCUCUUAUCUACCCGCCUGUUUGUGUUUGAGAAAUUUUGCUUCAGUUUGGCAAGAGAUUUCCGCAUGCGUACAAUUCGUAGCUAAUAGGUGGAUGUGAUGUCCGUUAUCCAUACGAGCUUUUACUCCCUUACAGAAUGUGUUUUGGUGACCAUCAAACCCAGAAUUAAUGCCAUAGAGAGACCUAGCAAGUGACCUCAUUCGGCACAUAUUUCGGUCAGCCUGUCAGGUUGCGGAUCACACAAAACCCGCCAUCGACACGCGUGUAUACAUUUGUGAAUGUAAGCGAACUGAAAUUCGGGUGUUUGCGGUGCUCGUAGAGCAUCACAUGACCAUUUACUUCGCGAGUUUCUCUGGUCCGUCAUUAAGUACACUGGAUUUGUCAGUGUCCAAAUAAACACCAGGACGGCACACCAAAUUUCACAUGCAGACGCGGGGUAUCGAUUACUUCGUCAUCUGCCGUCAGUAACCCCAUGCGAUUACUUUUUCAGUCUCGUGAGAGUGAUGAGCAGUACUGAAUAGACACGCUUUGUUUUGGCUUGGAAACGACUCUUGGUCCACCCAGAGUCUCAAAGCAGUCUAUAAGCAAGGCCUGUUUUCGACGACGACAAUGAGGUCAACCCACUCAUUUGAAGGAAGCAUGAAUCUUGUAAAUUGAGAACUUAAAAGACUGGAAAAAGUAACGAAGGUUCAUUCGCUGCGUUGGCGCCUGAUAUAUGAAUUUCGUUAGAAAAUCCGUACGAAAUAACUUCAUGUUUCAAAACUCAGUCUACUCACCCUAGGCAUGCAGGCAUGCGAGGGCGAGAGCUAUAGUACCGGAAAUUGCUAUGGCGAGGCCAAAAUUAGGGGAUUUCUUAGAAGCUUUCCCAUCAACUGCACCAUUAAUUUUUGGUUUUUCACAGUCCUCUUGUUUUGCUUGCUGCUUCGCUAAAAAUGCCUCUUUUUAGUAUUUGCGCAAGGCUCGUAAAUUCCUCCAUUAGGUUCUGCUGCUUAUUACAUAUCUUGCAUGUUCCAUUGGAUUUUUUGGCCACUCUUGAAGAUUUUGCUUGCUAUAUUUGUUUGGUAUGUGAUAGAUUUGUCCGAAAUUCCGCCAACUAACUUUGGCUGUGAGUAGCUUUUAUGUGGAAGGACAGCUAGGACGUCCCUGAUGCCUUCCCAAUUCAACUUCCCCAUUCAGUUAUUUUCGCGGUUGUGGGAAUUCCCGUGAAAGGAUUUAAAAGGCCAUUUAGCGAGCGUAGGCGCGCUGUCGAUAAAUUUUUCGUCUGAUCAGCACAAGUAAAACAUGUGGGUGAUAAGGCAAACAGAUUACAGUUCGUCUUUUCAUAUAAGGCGCCAUUACGCAGGCUUUAUAUGCGGAUCCUCGAACGGCUGAUCAGAAGGCUUCCUCUAUCCCUAUGCUAGAGAGCACUCGCAUUCGGGUUUUUUUGCUGAACUUUUGCAGAUCUUAAGGAAAGAUAGGCUCUAUUCAUCGAAGGCGCUUGCGCAUGAAGAGCAAUCAGGAAACAAAUCCAGAAAGCACGAAGUGCUACCGUAAGAAGUGAGAAUGAGUCCUCAAAAGAUGGUAACGCCUCACUUUACUUCUGCAAGCUGUGAUAUUCCUGGCGCAUCGCAGGGAGAACCAGUUAUCCUAGCGCCGAGCAGCUGCGUCCGUGCUACCGGGAAAUACUGGUGAGAUAUGACAAGACUGAAAGUGGUCGCAAGAUUGGAACUCAGAGAAUCGAAUAUAGGUUCAACGAGGUAGAUUUGUGGAGAUUGUAGGGAGCAGAGAAGUGACUGGACGUGGGUUUUCGCAGUAGAGCAGGGGAAUAAGUGCCAUCCUCCAAAUUACAGAUGAUUCAGGAACACCUGUAAUGGGGGUUAAUCAUCCCUGCGUCUAACCGAUUCCGCCUGAGCCUUUAGACAGUAUGCUUGAUGAGGUGACGCUUGAUUAUCCUGAAAUAUGAUUUCGACUUGUUUUGCCAAAAAUUCGUCAUUUCCCUCUCACGACAACAGUGGUUUUCGCGUUCACUUCCUAAGAGCGCAGUUAUGAGAUGGUAUUGUCUGCGUGUUUUCGACCAAAAAAACGAAGCGUGGAAAGGACGCAAUGUGAGACCCAACUUUACAUAUCACCUAGUACUGCCUACUGAUUUUUACUAAAGUAGUGCUGCUUAGUCUGGGCACACUAAUUGUCCCUUUUUCAAGAUAGCAUAAAUCUUCGCUCAAAUAUCACAGUUAGUUCAUUUUUCAGUCGAUAUACUUUGCCUUUGCCGACCACCUUGGCGACUUCUCUGUGUUCCGCUGUUCUGCAUCAUUAUAUCGUGCCGCUGGAUCAAUGUCCCUACUUUAAUCUUAUGGGGUUCGCCAACGCCACCCGUCCUUAGGCUUCUAUUGGCUAUUUCGCUGUCUUGAUCCCUCAACUUGGCGUCUUAUUUUGCGGGAACUUUAUUUAGUUUUUUGGUUUUUUGGCGUUGCAUAUGGCUAGUAUUCAAUUUUACGGGUCGCUUCCAGGGUCAUGCACGGAUCUGUUUAAAUCUAUUCAUGGAAUUGGAACAUUUUUCCAAAACCUGAUCUUUUUUCACCGUUCUCUUUCCCAUCCAUUAGCCACACCCAUAUAACCUCUAAUUCCACCGGCCCCGUAAGACACGAUGACCUACCCUCCACAUUCUGGAUGGGUUCGCAUACUGAGUCGUUGCGCGAAGCGUUUCUUAGAAAGUCUAGCAGUGAAGCCCAUCAACUAGGUGAAAACCAGUCCACCUAUUCUCCCGCGCACGUAUGCGAUGACGACAUUUUCUGUUUCGGCCGUUGUGCACUAAAUGUGGUGUGUAGAUACGCAAAUCCUCGCAGGUGCUUGUAGGUCAUCUCAAAAUUACCUUUGACGCCUAUUAAUAGUUGUUUUUGGCAGAUUCAAAUAAUCAUUUGGCCUCAUAGGGAAAACCUCGGCGGCCUACGGUAGAGUUCCAACCCACAACAACAAGGGCACGGCUGCCGGGCUUUUCCGUAUGGGUCAAAUGAUUGUGACAUUUUUGUUUGAGACCUUUGAGAUCAUGUUACGUGGUAGACGAUUAAGGCUAACCUUCAGACACGCGGUUUAAAAAAUAGAAGAGCUAUUCACCCACCCGUGAUUAACGGGAUAUUCUCCGAGACCUGUAAUUUACCCGACACUUCUUAUCAAAAGAGGUUGUAUAUUCCAUAAAAGGGCGGAAUUUUUGGGACAUCUUUCAUGCCACCCUGUUUUCGCGUAUCAUAUAGAACUGUCUUCAAUAAUAAAGAGCUGCUUACUGAGGCCAUUAGAAGUGCAAUUACAAACACGUUUGGCAGUGGGAUCAGUUAAGUUCACUUCUAAGUAGCUACGGAAAUCAGAAAACAAAAUCCUAUUUCCGGUACUACAAAACACCUUCUAAGGCAUAGACAGUCUGUUGAACUCAAACUAGCCUUCUGAGUCCAUGCUGUGGUCGGAUAACUUGGAUUCCGGGUUAUGGUAAGGGAGAAUGAUCGAAGGGAAUUACUCCCUUUAGCUGUCGAAGUCCUGUACACGCGGAUGCCAAGAAUUCGGGACAAGCUGCGUUGUUGUCAACCUUACUGACUUUACACCAAUCCCACUACGCGCCUCUGGCAAUUUUCUUAUCUCCAGAACUACCAACCCCCACUCCAGCGACGUCACUACCAUUAGCAGUAUCAGCACAACAAUCAACUCAGCAGUUCCUAAACUUUUCUGCCCAUGCUGUUACCCCAUCGGCCUGGUCGGGCAACUUGCGAAUCCACCACAAUGAGACUGAUGAGCCACGGGCGGGGACGUCAACACACACACCCCUCGCCCCAUCGCUACCCCGUACUGGCCAUGCAUAGUUAGCCACCGCUGAGACGAGUUUUUAAAUUAUCCGAUGCUCUAAGAGCCGUGGCAUGGAGGGCUGCCAACUGACGGAACAACACGGUCCUCCUCUGAGGACGAAGAGUCAGGCUGCAGUGUUUCCUUCUGAAUGUGGACUGCAAGGUACUCCCACUCAGCUUGGGAUCCGGGCCGCUCCCUUAUUGUGAUAGUCUUGUCCUUUGUGUGCGGAUCAUUUGUGUGGCACGCGUGGGCGGACUGUUUUGCCCUGCCAUCAACUGUAUCCGAUCCUGCUUCCGGUCUUCUUGGCUCUCUAUUGACACCGAGCUCAGGGGGACGAGGGUGGAGAGGGUUUGGUAGAUGCGUCGCAAGUCCACUAUCAUCAUAAACUAUUUCGCGUGCAAGUCACCGUCCUUGUGCCCACCUUGCGGUGGGCUACACUGUGGAAAUUAUUAGUAACGACGGUCAAGCUAUCGUAUACGCGAAUAGCCGUCAUCAGAGAGCGACACUCAUAGCCUACGCAAGUUGACGCACAAAGGUCCCGUUAAAAAGAUGUCAUUAUAGCAUGGCUCUCAGGGGCGCAGAGAUGUCACAUCUUCAACCCCGUGACUGUUAGCGUGUUGGUUAUAUAGAAUGAGGAUGCUGAACGCUUUAAACCAUUUCCGCGGACCCCACCCGCUCAUCCGCAUCUUAUGGACCAGUGACUUGUUGGAAUUGAUUCUACUGGGUAUGAAAUUGAUGUGACAUGAGGCCGCUAUUUUACGCAUGCGUCGCACGGACUCUGGUCUCACACGCGUAUAGAGUCCGCGUCAAGGAGUUGCCGCAGUCGACCCUCUUUUCCAGGGGGGGGGGCGGAGUUAGACCGUCAGACGGCAAUCCUUCAAACAAGGACAUUUAACGUACCUUGGUAGUUUCAGGGGUGACAGAUUCAUCACAGCAGGGGAUGCGCAAAGCACCUCUCCUCCCCUUUGCAUGCACCAUUGACCUCUCUACUUUUGUCGGCCGGCUGUUGAUGAAGUAUGUUUUGGCCUGCUGCCUCCCACACAUAUAUAUAGGAGGACAUCUAGGGGCUUAAACAGACUCACCGCAGGUGACCUAAGUGGCCCUGUGCUUGGCUGUGUUAUUGUUCUAUCAUAACGGCGGAGCAGCCUGUUUGGGUGUUGAAAUAAUCCCCGAACUGUAUGCGUUCAGCACCUCUCCUCUACCGCGAAAGUUAAUGCUAAGUUUCUGGCGUUAUCGCAACAGACACGUUGCGGACAAAAGCAAAUUCAUGCGAGAUGGGGCUGGCCUAGAAACGCAUGUCCGGGCUCACGGCCAAAUAUUGUGAUGUCGCCUGUCGAUUGCGCUGGAGAUGUCUGGAGUCAGACCCCCUUGCAGACUAAACAAUCAACUGCGGCCCUAGGUCACCUCCUGCAUAUCAAACGCGCCCCAUGUGUCCCCAUGCGUUUGAAAAUGGUUAAAUUUAUGGGAGGAAAUGCAGGUUUCAUCUAAGCGGUCUUUCAAUCGAUUCUUUUCUUCCGUUCUUUCGCGUUCAGACAUUAAUUGAAUAACUGCAUGCCAGACGUAAAAAAUUACCAAACUCGGUCAUAGUCUUCCGAGCAAAGGCCGCGAGGUUAGCAACUACUGAGUGAAAACGUCCAUUUCAGGCGUGUGAGCGAACUGAUGUAAUGAAAUUCAGCCGACACCCUCUCAGCUAAUCUUUAUUUAUUAGUAGAGGAAAGAGAGCACGGGUUGGGACUUAAGGCCAAAGCAUCGCCCAUCGGCAGCAGGAAUAAACACAGAAGUGCUCUUCAUUACAACAGACGCAAUUUAGUGGUUGUGGAGAGGGAUAACCAACGAUUACCCCCCCCCCCCUAAUCUGCAUUGCACGCUGACCACCAAAAGUUCAUAAAAUUUCUGGGUAUAACAAGGAGCGUCAUCCAGUCAGGUCUGAUGCACAAACACCAUUUCCGUCUGCUGUCACUCAUUCAUACUUUAGAGUGAGAAGACAUGUGGUGAUUUGUUUGCGUUGAAGUUAGAUGAAUUAGCCCUUGUCUAUAGUUUUUUAAUUUAACAGAAGCACUCUUCCAUUUUUCUUUCCGAUGACUUGAGCGUUUUCCUUCUGAUACAGGGUGGCGGGCUGGAACCAGAAGUGUGCUCCUCUACACGGUCUCUUCCAUGUCGGUGAUCAGGUUGUAUCGGCAAAUGAUUUCCCCGUCAGCACUCUCCUCGAACUAACCAAGGCGCUGAAGUCCAGGCGCUUAGCCUACCGGUUUCGCUGGUUCUCAGAAGACGCCCUUGAUUCUUCUCUCAUCCUUUCUGUGGAUUCCACCCAACCCCUCCACAGGUUACGUAUUCGAAGGUUACCCCACGCUCGCGCUCUGAUAGCCUGUCGGCAGUACGCUGGCCAGAGUCUCGGAAUCGCCUUCGAGAACGGGACCAAUGUGGUCAGUGCAAGUUCUUCCUGUAGUACCUCCUAAACUCCACUCUUGGGUAUUUAUAUCCAACUUCCUUUCCCCGUAUCCCCUUCUACAUGCUAUCUGGUGUCACGUUUUUAUGUUUUUUGGCGAGCUUUCUUCCUGCCGCCCCAAUAGCUUUAUAAACAAUUUUAAUAGAUGCGAUUACGCCAACUUUACAUAUGCCACGUGCUUGCGCCUUGCCUACUCUUUUAAUGCCCCGGAGUGGGGAGUCCUUAUACUCCAUCCUCGGUUACAUCAGAUAUCAGUUCAAACGCGCUUCCCUCCACGUGCUUCGAUCUCUGCUUGCGCUCACUUUAUUGUCUUAAUCCAGCGAGGGGCUAGGUAGGUUUGCUAAAGGAAUUGUUCAGGCGGAUUGGAACUCCGUCGGUUCUAGGUUAGUGACUGUGCACUGCGAAUUACCACGCGGUUCCCUCUGCGGCCAUCCAGUUCUGAUUGCAUCUCCCGAUUCCUGUUAAUGCAGCGAUAGUCUUGUCCUACAGAGAGUGUAUUCAUGUUACCUUCGGUUACACCAAGCAUCGGUUCACACACGCUGCCCUGCGCGUGCUUUGAGCUCUGCUUGCGCUCUCUUCCCCUUCCUAAUCCGGCUAGCGGCUAAGAUUGGUAUGCUAAUUAACACUGUUUAAGCAUGCUAACCAUACUGGCAUCAAUCAGGUGGGGCUGCAGGACCAAACCUUGCCGUUUUUUCUGAACUUUACUUCAGAUAUUGGCGGUCAAACAAACAGCACAGAUACUCGUGGUUGGUUUAUCUCCUCUAUCCCCCUGUCUGCUUGCAGUCGCUAGCCUACUGUUCCUUCUUUCGGACAUUUCAAAGUGUGUCCGCCGAGGGAUCUGUGGGUGAGGUCCCAAGGUUGUUGGCGUGCUGACUCCACAGAUAUCCUUUUGUCUCACAGCUCACGAACGCAUCUGAGUUUUCAGGCACUGCAUGUAGUACUGAAUGGAUCUUCUAAGCACCCAACCCCACCACUUGUGUUUCCCAGUGCUGGAACUACUUUGUUGUUGUUGUUGUUUUAGAGAAAAUUGCAGGUCGUGACUAUUACGGCGUCCAAAAAAUCGGUUAACUCAUGAUGCUCCAGGCGGUAUCCGCAGGGAACAGUUUGGUGGAGGGACAGUUCCCUGCCCUGAUUAGAUUCAUUGGUGAAUAUCGUCAGGCAGGCCUCUGGUGUAUCAACUUUUUUCGUUUUCAAGAUGUGCUGGACAGCCGCGGGUAACAUUUGCCACUUCGUAGCGCCUCAGUGGCUGACUGAUUUUUUUUUUUAUUUGUAACCGACAGAAGAUCUGGUUGUUGUGCGCGCAAUGGGCGCUUAUUCGUCCGAUCUGAGAGACCUCUUUGAAGACGUUCUACUGGCUGUCACAUGUGGACGCGCCGAGUUAACCGCAACUGGGCUUAGCGGCAGGUCUUGGCUUUUCUAGAAACACCUUUGGGACUGUGCAGUGUUCUCAUUGCCAUGCUGCGGCAAAAGCAUGAACAAUUUAGAACGUAAUCUCAAGUAUUCUCUUUUGUCGGUAGUAUAAAUUAGAUAGAUUUGUAGUUGAAUAAUUUGCACACCUGGCAACUGAUGGCUUACUGUCUCAAUGGAUCGAAGACCAGCAACCCAUCCUUUUCGUUCCUUACAGCAGACUUUUGCUGAAAGUGAGGGAUUCUUGUAUCCUCACUAAGUCAUAUGCUUAAAUCGGCCCAAAGAGGGACCUUGAGUGGUAGUUUCUCUGGAAUUUCUUCAUUCAUAUCUCCAAUAUACAAUAGCGAAUAUAUGAGUGAUCAUUGCAACCGACUACAGUAUCUUGUACUCUCCCUUGUCCGUGCUCGAUUUUUCCUACCUGAGGAAUCGUUUGGUAGAUCCAGUUAAAACGCCCUGAUGGCGUCCAACCUCUGCGAUCAACGAUGUUUUGCGUUAAAUUGGUCAUUUAAAUAACGAUCGGUCUAUAAAUUCGUUUUCGACGUCUCCUUGAAGAAUUUACAAUGCCAUAUUGCCUGUGUGACCACUUUUGUGUGAUGUUAAAUCCUCUCAUGGUACCUGUUUACAUAAAUGUAGUAAUUUGGCCAAGUUCCAAAAAUAAAUCAGGUUUUGACUUAUUUGUUCUAAGGCUGCAACAAUAACGGGCAAUGUCGUGUCAGCUGCACUUAGGUAAGUCCACCAACUGUCUUUGCAAAAUGUCAUUCUACAAGCCAGGCGGCAAAGCCGACAGAGACGUAAAUAGAAACUUCACAGCUUUAUCACCUGAACGUAUCCUUUCAGUGAACUUAAAUCAACAAAAGACGAAUUUCGCUUUACGCACUUCGCUCGCGAAAAUACGUUGGUCCUGUACCUUUCACAACUGUCCGCUCCGGGAAAACAGAAGUAGAAAACUAUAAAUAAAUUUAUAAAUGUCUGGUCAGUGUGGCGGGAAACACUAACUUAUAGUGCGUUUCAAGUCCUACCAGUACUUGUGAAUUCAUCGCAAUGUUUUGAAGUUUAGUUAAUGUCGAUAAGGGCCCGGUGAGAAGUGUAAUGCUGGAUGGGUAAACUCACGAAAGUCCAAUAACCAGACUUGUUGCAUUUUUUGUCCCUUGCGCUCUCAAACUGACCUGCCUUGCUCACCACCUUAUUUAAUAUCAAAACUGUACGGACGGGACUAAGUUCAUCUAGCCCAGUGUCUCUCGAGCGUUUUACUCGCGGUAUACUCAAUAGAACACUUUUCGCUAAGGUACGCUAUUUAUGAUUGUAACUUGAGCUGAGCAGAUUUAGACGUGAACAUUUUUCAUUCACAAUGCGUUGAGCUUAGUAUUCUAUGCUAACGAGAGAAUGCUUUAUGGGGACCUUCAGCUCACCUAUGCAACUGGCAAGCUCGUAUGCGUGUGAGCAAAGUAACACAAAACGUGAGUGCAUGGUCGACAUGAAGACAUAUGUUUAACCAUCUAUCAUCUGCAAUUGUUUUCUUUUCUUCAAUUGGAUUUCAACUAACUUUACAACUGCAUGAAAUGUCAUGCGGCUGCAAAAAAAUAGUUGCCUUCCUUUUAGGCCAAGUUAGUGGCCCAGGAGUUUUAUUCAAAUUAUACAUGGCGCUCAUCUGGCGAGUUGUUGUUAAUACUAACAAUGCUCCCUUCUUUCAUUGUUAGACGCGUGUUUUUAUGAUACCCGAAGAAACCGAUGAUUGCCUCAUAGUUCUCGUUUCGAGCGAAUAAAGUACAUAGAGGGCGCUGGAGCAAUCUUUCCCAGUUUCGACUGCCUUACUCGCAUUGUUCUGCUUUUGAGUGAAUACAUAUCGACAGUCGGCGAGCGCCCGAGUGGGAGGUGCCCGCCCUCCCUAUACUUCAUUCUAACUUAUGGCUGAAAGGUCUGAACUACCCGUGAUUUUGUGCUGCUGGAUUUUGCAUGUUACAGACUCGGCAGUAAAGUGCCCAAUUUUUGCGAAAACCUCCUUGAGGCAAGUAAAUUCGAGCGGUCAUGUGUACGCGCAGGCAAAUUAGAGACUGACGUUCUCAACAAAGACGAAUAAAACGAUUUUGAUUCGCAGAUUGACUAUGCGUAUGAGUACUUUUUCCCGCUAAAUCCCUCGAAAUUCUGUAUGGAAUGCCAUACACCUGUGAUCUUAGUCUGUUUCCUUCCAUUAUUUAACCGCAUUCUGGAGCGUAUCGUGGUUAAACCACUUUAAUUAAUGACUCUUAUUGUUUCAUCGGUCGAUGUUACAGGUUGUUUGGCCUGAACCUUUGGCACCGUAGUUUCGCAGAGUAACAUACAAUUUACAAUCUUCACGCGCGGGUUGUGCUCUAGGAAAUACAUUAUGAAUCCUCUCUUUUGAUCUGAUAUCAGUGCGGACAGCAGUUCAGUUGUCGCGCUGUAGUUCUCUUAAACUAACGUUCUUGCUCAUUGGCUUGAAAUAUUAAUUUACAUGGCGCUAUGUAGGGGGUAAAAAUUCGGCAACAGAUUAAAUGUCUUACUGUUUCUAAUAAAUCGCAGAAGAUACACAAAUGGGCUCUGCCACUGUUGCCUACAAUGGCCCCGGUUGGUAAUACCCCAAAUCUUGUUAAGUUUCACUUUCGCACUCUUAACCGUUCUCGAAUUUCAUCUAUUGUGUCGCUCAAAAAUCUACCGUUCUACAGCCAGACGUUUCGAUUGACAACGGAAUUGACUUGCCAGACUGAGUGACUUCAUUACUGGUUCUGAACAAAACUGCAAAUUCUGAUGCUGUCUCAAUAGUGUGCAGUUUCUGCUUCGCUGAUAGAAGCGAACAGGCGAGUCCCAGGUAGCAGUUCAGAAGAUGAAGAUGCGAUCACUGGGACAAGAAGUUUAUUUGCCUGACGUUUCGGAUUCUCACUCGAAUCCAUCAUCAGAGACAUUCGCAGAUAGAGGUGAAGGUGGCACCAGGAGUGCAGUAUUUAUAGCACGUGGCUGCCAUGGGACCGUAUGCGCAAUGCAAUUAACAGUUCUCACAAUCGCCGCUGGGGUCGUAAUUGAUGCGGCGGUGGCUUGGCGGUCCGAGUCCGAGUUGUUAAUGGCCGCGAUUUCGUCAUCCGUGCUCGAUGCUGGUGUGACGAUUGCUCGGCAAACUGGCUCACUGUCACCGUGAUAAUUGCUCACCCGCGCCCUCCCCACGUGACUGAUUCUCCUGCCCAGGGAAAAUCGCAAUACGGAAUAGGGCACCGGAAGGUCAUAGUGUUUGUUGGUGGAUUGCGGGCCUGAGAACCACGACUCGAGCAGCUCGCGGCUCACGCGGCUGUCACCCCUUGCGAGGAUUUCGGCCUCUUGAAAUUUGAAAAUAUGGCCGGGUCCCGUCGAGUGUGCCGCCACCUGAGAGUUAGCGUCUCCCCGCCUCACUGCUGCUGCGUGCUCGGCAAGUCGCGUAUGGAGUAAUCUCCCAGUUUCUCCGACAUGAUUGCUUUGUCCGCAACUACACCAGAUCCGGUAAACGACUCCAGACGUUUCCUGCCGUGGCAGCAGGUCUUUUGGUUUCAUUACUUGGCGCCUAAUGGUUGCUUCCGGCCUGCAACCAUCGUCGUAAGCCAACAAGUUAGUGAUUGGUAGCUAAGCGCUAAAUUUCGGACGGGGUACCUAUUGCCGUGUCCCGACUUUAACCUCAACCCUAGGACCGACCGCCACAGGCCUAACAAUAAUCAUAAUCACCGUAACCCUAACACUAACCCUUACUCCAUCCUCAAACCAUAAACUUUAACAUAAGACCACCCGUACUCUCGUGCUCUACAUGAUAUCUAGAGGAAUAACGUAUAAACGGCUCCUAAACGUAUUCAUCUUGAUAUACAGCAGGUGGGCUAACUCAUAAAAUGUCAACCGAAAUUCCGAAAUGCGUUUUCGUUUCGAAAAGAUCAAUUAAUUAGGGUUGCAAAACCAAUUAUCAUGCAGCGUAACUCUAUAGUAAUUCAAUUACCGCAGCAUGCCGGCUUUCGAACGAACUUCGUUUCGGGUGCAUGCAAAAACUACGCUCUGUAAAAAAUGACCUCUUAAUUAGCAUAUAUUGUUCUCAUUUAUUUUCGGUGCCCUUAAAGACUAACUUAUAUUUAAUUGAAAUCAUGCAUAAAAUAUUCAUUCUUUUGCUCGUUCGACAGAAAUUUACGUCUUUUUCCGAUUUUAUGUUCGAAGGGAGGGUAUGAUUCGGUUUUUAAAAGACUUUUUCAAUUUCCGAAUAAUUUUGAACCCGACCUACCGUUAAACUUGCGUUCAGGGUUUCCAAACUACAAGCCGUUUAUUUUCCGCGUAAUUAAAACCAUACAUUUCUCUACGGUAUUAAGAGGAGACUAUAUGGGGUUCAUACAAUUUAUCAGUGGAUUUCAGCAUAUUGUUAACUUUACAAGCCAUAUUGGUGAAUGCACAGACAUAACAUUUUAUGAACGGCCAUUUCACGGUCUUAAAAAAUCUCACAAAUGGGAACUUUUUGAAACCGAAUUAUAUCCUUCUUUCGAGCAUGAAAUCGGAAAAAGACGUAAAUUUCUGUCGAACGAGCAAAAGAAUGAAUAUUUUAUGCAUGAUUUCAAGGGCACCGAAAAUAAAUGAGAAGAAUAUAUGCUAAUAAGAGGUCAUUUUUUACAGAGCAUAGUUUUUGCAUGCACCCAAAACGAAGUUCGCUCGAAAGCUGGCAUCCUGCGGUAACUGAAUUACUAUAGAAUUACGCUGCAGGAUGAUCUGUUUUACAAAUAUACUUAAUUGAUUUUUUCGAAACGAAGACGCAUUUCGGAAUUUCGGUUGACAUUGCAUGAGUUAGCCCACCUACUGUAUUUUAUGAGAGAUAGUUCCCAUGUUCACGAUAUUCCCUAUUCGGUUAGCUGCACAGGUAGCAAUAGACAGGCAUUAGUAAAUGCUCAUUGUGCAUUUACAGUAAUAUGUCAUCUGGGGGAGGGGAACAGUCGUGGUCGGGUGGAAGAACCAAUGAUGAAAGUGCAGUAGACGGUGAAACUGUGUAGCCAGAUAAUGGGGCAGCGGUAUGGGAGAGGGAACAAAAGUUAAAUGAUUUGAGCCUAUGAGAGAAGUCGGAGAUUUAGAUGGAGUUGACGGCCGCCCCGCCGGAGGUGCCGAGUAGUCUUCGGAUGUGUGAAGUGCAAAUAUCUGACAAUGUCUUUACGAUAAUAGGACAGGGCUGCAUAAACAUAUGAUAACCGCCAGUGCCGCCAUUAGCAUUCAAUUUGUACUAUGCGAGAAUUGCUUGAAAUCUUUUCUAUAAAUCUCUUUUCCGCGUCAGCCAGAUAUAAUAUCAUCUCGAUGGUGUCAACUGAAAUUUUGGACUCUAACUAAGCCCCUCGAUGUGAAUCAUAUUUUAGUCGUCCGCUGCGCAAACUACCGGUCUCCUGUCGACAUAAGUUUUGCUCUCAAUCCUCCGGUUUGUUAAGCAAGUUACAAAAAGAAUGGGGUUUUGCGUUAAAUGUCAACCCACAUCACCAUCGGUGCCUCCGCUUCUCAAAACGUCAGUGGAGCUUUUAUUAAUUUGGUUUUAACGGAACGCCUUUUUGCAAAACGCAAAAGCAUCCGAAAAAAAUCACAUAACAUCUAUUUAGCCGCUCUCAUUGAAAUUUCGCAUCUAGAGUCCGCCAAAAUAGCCUUGGUAGGCAUUCUGUGGCAGGAUCUCCAAUAGUGAAACGGCGUUUAUUAGAACUUCCCCAUGAUUGUCCCGAAGUUUGAUGAAACGUUUGAGCUUUUCGUCGGCAAAGUUUCCCCUGGUGAUUUUUGACGAGCAGUCUACUCUCUAUGGCCAGAUAGUCAAGUCAUGUGCUUUCAGAAGACGAAGAUGCGACCACUGGAACAAGAAAUUUCUUAGCCUGACGUUUCGGAUUCUUACUCGAAUCCAUCAUCAGAGACAUUCGCAGACCUUUAUCAUGUGCUUUUAUUCAUUUUUCGAAUUAUGGAUUGGGGCGUCCUGCAGGUUAGAUAAACGGAAAAUAUCUAUAAGUCAAAAAGCCGGUUUGGCGAACUAAGGUCACUAGAUAAACUGACCUAAGCACUUAACCUGUGUGAGUUCUUGUCAUUCUCUAACUUGCAGCGAAGAAAGAUGGACCCACUAAACGCACUGUGCUACCAUAAUAGUAGGCCUGGCGCAAGCGCCCCUUCCUUCACAUUUAUUUAAAUUCGUAACUUAUGUCUUGGAAAUAAAGCGCCAAACAGGAUUUCAAAUAGUGCCUGACGAAUUAAUUACACAGUCAUGUUCGAUAAAGCAUGACUUGAAUAAAUUGCUCCCAAACUUCGCUCCACAAAAUGACAGCUUACCUUACCCAGCAACCCAGCCGGUCAGUCUAGCUGUCAUCCAAAUUAUCCUCGUUGGCUUCUACAGUGUCAUAAGGAUGUCACACAUGAGAACACGGACAGUGGUGAUUUUACUUCCGACUCUUUGGCGUGACUACUUUUGCCCACGUACAUUUGGUCUGCCUUAAGUUUCCCCGAGGGAACGGACGUUUUACUCAUUAAUUUUUUGGUACCCAUGAUUACUUCUGCAUUUCAUGAGCGGAACCAAAUUUGCUACAACAUACAGUGAAAAUAUGACACUCGCACAACGAGAAAAAGUGUGUCAAGGAGCGGAAUUUGAUCGCCAAAGCCAAAACUUCGGGUCGGCUGUUCGACCUCCUGGACUAAGGGCCGUGUCCGUUAGUUGUACAAAUAACCAAUACUUCGGGCUGUGUGAUUGCCGUGCUGCGAUAGUCCGUGACAGCGAGACUAAUUUUUUUCCUCAGCAAUUCAGAAUUUCUAGCAUUCGGACUACUGUCGACUCCAGUUAACAUUAGACAAACAAGUGGCCUUCUCUGGCGAGGACGUGAAUAGACGGAAGAGAAGGACUUGCAAGCCCUUCUGACAAAAAUUGCCAGCUACCACGCAGCCUGUGAGCACACCACGAUAGUUCAGAAGAUAGAGCAUCUGACGUAAAUCCUGAGAGUGGACAGCUCGCAUUUGUUCUGUGGCACAUGCUUUAAAGUCCCCCAUGAGUGUUCACCUUCUAUAAGACUGAAUCAGUCCCGGGGCUGAACGCAAGGUUUUUUGAACCUUCCGAGAAGUCCUCUCUCAUUUCUAUUCAUUCCUAGCAUUACCCGAUCUCUUACUCCGCAGGCGCAUGGCGCCAGUUACAUAACAGGAACUUGUUUCGUUGGAGUUGUGCGAACAAAGUAUGAGGAGUAUUAUGCUGAGAUAAGGCUUGCAUGACGUCGAACAAAGUAUAGAUUAUUUACAAUAGGGAGAUACCGUCCGCGAGGAGAAACCAUGGGAAGUCUUUGCACCACCAGAUGGGUAACUAAUGUAAAUUAUGUUUGCUUAAACCAGUUUAUUUGAAAAGGCUUCUGAAUGGGCAAGCGGAUCAUGAAAUCUGAGGUUCCUCAGGUUUGCGCUUCGUUAAAAUUAUAAAACUCGGGGAUAAUCUGUUAAUAAACGCAAUGCCACUGUCACACCAGCCUAAUGAGAUUUACUCCUUUGUCGCUUGAUUAAUCAAGCAAAUCUGACUAUUGUAAAAAAUUGUGCUCGCACGGGGUUCAACUUACUGGUAGUCCAAUUCACAGUCAGUGUACGAUUCAAGUGGGCUUAUUAGGCCUCAGGUUUUCUGUUCUGCUUUAAUUGUUAAUAAAUUACAUAUGGACGGCUACAGUACAUGGCUUCUGUCAGAAAAUGCUGACAGAAAUUUUUAAAUGCCUUGUCGAUUAGAAAGGAUAAUUUGGGUGUGGUUGUAAUAUUUGUUAUCGUACUGCAUAAUCCCAGGAUAUUUCAGUCACUUAAGGACGCCGACUCCUGAAUGACUACGCAAUUAGUUAUUUUUAACUGAAUAUAGUUUUGUAAAUGGUCGAAAAAAACACAUUCACUUGUCGGUAUUCUGAGGCGAUCGAAGUGUCGUGUCAUCAUGCUGCACGACAAUCAAUAUUACAGCCCCACCCAUGUAGUCCCUUCUAACCGAAAUCGCGUUCCAGAAUUUCCGUUAACGUUUCAUCAGAUACGCUACCUAAUUCAUAUAGUCAAAAGGCCACAAGAAUAAGUGUAGGUCCAUAAAAAACUGUUGUUAUUUCAACAGCUGCAACCGCUGCAGGCAGAGCCCGCUUUUUUGUAAGUACCUCUUGUUAGUUUCUAUUAUUUUCAUUGUACUUAGUAUUUAAUUUCAUUCAGUAGCCCUUUCAUUUGUAUGCGAUUUGGGGAGGCUGAAGCAUGAAUGCCCUUCAGCCGAACCCUUCAGUUUUUUCUGAUCGAAAGUUCAUCUUACUAUCAGCGUCGAAACGUAACUUUAAUUGCAUUAGUGUCCUGGACCUAACAUCAGUUGCCAAGGAAAUCGAUGCUUCAUUCUUAAAGGACAACUCACUUUAAAAAAUAGGUUAUCCAGUGAAUUAUCUCGUCAAUAACAGGCAAUCGCUUAUUCCCGGCAACGUUUAACAUGAACACUUGCAUAGGUAAAAAUAUUACCAUAGACCUGCUACCCAAAUCUGAUACGAACGCACACAAGAGCUGCCCAGGCGUAGUCGAAAGACAUAAAUAAGACAGGAUGACACGUAAUCCACUUGUCUCCUUAAAAAUCAAAUAGAUCUUUAAUACCACUUUUGAAACUCAUUUUUCAAUGUUCACUGCCCAAUGCAUCGUUCUGAAUUUUUCAAUGUUAAGUCUCUGAAUUCAAGAAUUCAAAAACGUAUGGCAAGAAGGUCAUUAAAUUUCAAACAUUACUGCGACUAAUGGGCCACCCUGUGUUUGCUGACCCUAAGUAUUCAACUAGCUUACUUCGACCGUCUUUGCAGACGAUGUCCACUGUGCGCUCCAUAACAGUGUUGGAGCAGGGGUGGUGACUUGCGCGUGAAUUCGUUUAUAAUUGUAGUAGACUUGCGCCGCAUCUGCCACACCCUCUUCUCAUUUCCUGCCUGGGCUCGGUGCCCUGACAGAGUCAAGAAGACCAAAGCUGGGAGAGAGCAUAGGUGACUAGUACGGCGAAAAUCCGCACCUUAGCGCGUACCACCACACCGGCCUGGAUCCUAUUGGAUGGGGGAACCAUGAAGACAACAUUAAGACGGAGCCAUUGCAGCCUCACUCUCAGCCCACCAGUCCUCCAUUCCACAUAAACACACACUGGGCUAGCUGCGAGCUCUGAGUUAUCGAAUCAGUUGGGAGCCUUCCAAGCCCUGGCUUUUAGCUCACCGUGAUAGAUUUAAGCGCGUCAGAUUAUCUGGAGAUGCAAAUGCGCUGAGACCGUCGACCUCACCCUCUCCUUGCAUUCCCAGGUACCAGUCCACUGUCCGAGCGAGUCAAAUGUCUGAUGCGAAAAGUGGGCGCAAUGCCUGGCAGAGCAAGAGAGCCCGUCUGCGCGCUCCAUGUGCACGACUCGGACCCCCAAACGCACAACAGAAUCUCACGCACAAAGGUGUAGCGUGAGAAUGCCAUAGACAAGAAGACAUCGCAGUCUGACCCUCAGUCCACCAGUUGGCCACUAAACACCCAAACACACGACUUGGCUGACUGAGUUGUCUGAGUUAGAUCGUCAGUAGACAAUCUCCCCAUGUGUGAUUUUGACACACGUGAUGGUCUCAAGUACGUCGGGAUAGUUUUGAAGGAUUACACGUUGAGAGUCGACCUCGCUCGCACUGUCCUUGGUCGCGCACCAAUCGACCGACCGAGCCGGUUAACAAACUGAUUAUGUUACUGGGAAAGGUGGCCGACAGAGCUGAUAGCGGCUGGUCCGCGAAUGCCACAUACACGAUCUUACAACACGCCAGAAUUUCACAGGAAAGGGAGUCGACCGCUCAGAUCUCCCAUAUGGCAGAAAAGCCACUGAAGAAAGGAGCGCAAGAACAUGCUUCUCACAUACGUGAAAGAUGCCUGUAUUGUGUGAUGUCUGACGAGUUCAUGUGUGGGGCAUGUGUUAGUGGUGGAAUGUGUAAUGAUGUAAUCUAGUCUAGGGGGACUUAUCGCAGAUUCUCGUGGAGGCGCAUAUGACCAAACAGGCCCAUUCACUGGCUGCAUGUGCCAGGACAAUGCUUGUGCGAUGGCAGUAAGUGUAUGCUGGCGCUGCCGGCACUUGUUUGCAGUCUCUGUGCGAUGGGCUCGCAAGGCAACCUGAAGGUCGAUGCGAGACAUGCAUGUGCGAUGACAGUGUAGGCGGGAUAGGCUGGGGGAUAUUGAGCCAGUUGUCGCUGUAAUGCUGCUAGUGCUCGGCGCGCUGGUCGAUGACAGCUGAUUGCGCUGGAACUGGGAGAGUUGGUAGAUGUGCAAUGUGUGUUAGGUGUGUCAAUACUGAGUGAAUUCCACUGUCGUGAAUAGGCAUACGACCGAAUAGACGCAUGCGGUGAGUGAAUGAGCCUGGACAAUGUGGAUCCUGAAGGCGGGUGCGGAUAGUGUAUGUGGGAACUCCUGGGACUGGCUCGCCGGUCGUAGUGCGAUGAAUACUUAAGUGACCGACCAGGCCGAUGCGUAUGGUGAAUGUGCCCUAACGCGCCGCGGUCCAUCUGUCCACAGUUUCGCACCUUUCCACAGGCUAACUCAAAUCUUGUCCCACAUAUGUAUGCCGGGAAAAUUCGAAUUAGUGUUACUCAUAGCAAAGCCAUACUUCUGAGAUAAAAGCAAUCAUUUGGAAAAGUUCCGGUGAGUAUUCUCAAGACCAGUGGUUUACUUUUCAGACUAACGAUUUAGCACUCGCUUUUCGGCCUAAAAAGCUAAUCUCUGUCAUCGAGGGAAAAUUGUCUAAAGUUUGCAAGAAGGUUUAGUUACCUUUGGAUUACAGCAGUUUUUGAGAUUCUACACAAAGAUUCGCUCGAACUGAUGGCAUCAGUUCUUUGAAGUAUAGAGCGACUUAUUUUCGUUAAGUCAUUUUGCACGUAUGCGAUUGCCAUCCUUUAACCAUUCGCACUAUUUUUGUUGUCAUGGUUGACCUCAUCGUGAUAACGCUUUGUUUUUCCGCCGACGGAUUUCUUACUUGAGAGAGAUUUCUGAAAACACCUACGCGUCCGAACAUGUGUUCUAAAGAUUCCAAAGGCAUUAUUUCACCUCCCAGCAGCUAAAUGGCUGGCUGGAAGCGGGCAGAUGUGCCAGAUUCGCUAAUAAUAGGGCAUUUAUCUUACACAGCUUUUUUAAAAUCCCAUGUUUAUCUGUCCGCUCCAGGUUAAAUCCAUCUCCCAGGAUGGCCCCUUGGCGUGCACUGGUCUCCCACUGUUAGCUCCCGCCUUUCGGUUUGGGGGAAAAUCGCCCCAAAAGCAUGGUCUUCGCCUAUUAAAAUCGCGGUUCCAACACACCGAGGAGCCCUGUUCUGUGCCCUGGACGCUGACGGAGAUUAAUAAUCGGCCUGUAAAUUUGUUCUACAGCAAAAACGAGGUUAGUUGUUUUUCAGGUCACUGUCCUAGUGUUCAUUUUACCUUUUUGCAAAAGAGCCAAUCUAGACUCUGCUGUUCUAUAUAUGUCGUCUCCUAUGUGCGAUUGUCUAUUGCCAGUGAUGAGAAACACUCUUAUCCCAGGGGACCAGGGUUGACUCGCGCGUAAAUACGUUUUUUGCCUGGGAGCAUGGGCAACGCCACUUUCUCCUCCCAAACUUAUCAUUGUCUAGUGCCAACCCGAAGUCCAAUGGACUAUGAAUGAUGCUGGGUUCAGUAGAUGACAGAGGCAAAUAAUUCGUCAACGUGUGUAUCUACAUAGACGUGACUGAAAAAAUAGAGGUAGUUCCGGAUAGCACAUAUACAACACUACCGUAAAUUUACGCUUUGAACCCUGGCAUCCUCGCCUUCACUUCCGAGUAGAACCAAGUUAUCCCGUCAAGUGGCAACGUCUCCAGGCGCGAAGCUUGGUGCAUCGUGACAGUUUAAAUUACGUUCUGUUUAUUUUAAUGAGGGGUGUGUGCACUUGGUCGGCCCCACUCUCUGUCCUCUUUUACUCCGUGACAAUGGUAGGUCCCGACCAAGUGGCAGAUUACGUUACGCAAAGCCUCCGUCUGACUCGCUCCGCUCACAUUUAUGACACAUAGAAAUGGCCAACGCAACGUGUUCUGAUGGGUUAGUAUGUCACUCCGCAUCCAUAAUUUGUGCAGAGCAUAUGCCCAUAGUAAAUUUAAACUACAAAAAGGCAUUCUAAUCAAAUGUGGCAGCUGUUUCAGUUAAUUUGCGAAAUCGUCGGUCGUUCAUAACUAUGACUAACACCCGACAUUUCGACCGCCGCAUGCGGGGAUGUCCACGGUGUACGUCAUGGCCGGAGGAGUACGGGAAGUUGGCCUGCAAUAUUGCUCAAAUCCACUGCUUAAUUUUAUGAACCUCAUAUGGUCUCCUCUUAACGCCGUAGAGAAAUACACGCAAUAUUGUUAACUUUACAAACCACAUUCGUAAAUGCAGAUACAUGACUUUUCAUGAACGGCCAUUUAACGGUAUUAAAAAAAUCUCACAAUUAGAAACUUUUUUAAAACCGAAUUAUACUCUUCUUUUGAGUAUGAAAUUGGAAGAAGACGUGAUUUUCUACCGAAUAAGUAAAAGAAUGCACAUUUUUAUGCAUGUUAUCCAUGAAAUAUAAUUGAAUUUUCAAGGGCAUCGAAAAUCAAUGAGAAAAUUGCAUGCUACUUAAGUAGUCAUUUUUUUCAGAGUAUAGAUAUUGCAUGCAGCCGAAAAUAAGUUCUUUCGAAAGCCGACACCCUGAGGUAACUGGAUCAUUAUAAAUUUAUGCUACAUCAUGAUUAGUUUUACAACACUACUUAAUUUAUCUUUUCGAAACGAGAACGCAUUUCGAAAUUUUGGUUGACAUUUCAUGAGUUAGCACAUCUACUGUAGUGGCAACAGACUUGUGCAGCAUCUGCCGCCCUUGUGGCGUCUAGGCAUUGAGAGAAUUCAGGGCGCUACAAUCAUCAGACCAAAUCCCGAGUUGUAGGAAAAUACAGAAUUCACUAGAACGCCGACUUGCCCUCUCAGGUGACAGCUGCCGCUGGCGAGUCCAGGACAGGUGUUAGGACAUACCUGAGAGAGAAAAAGAGUGAUUGAGACAAGUGUUGACAGCAUUUUUUUGCAAGUUUGCGGGGGACAACUUCAAAUGUUGUCCACUUGGUGUGUUGCGUUAGCCUAGGGAUGGGGCGUCUAGCGGUCUAGGUUGCAUUCGCUGAAGGGUGAUGUGCUCAAGUGGCGUAUGGACAGCUCCUAUUGUGUGGACGCAUCUGUGUCCGAGUCAAAGUCUGUCGGGUGGCUGCAGGUCAGCGCGUCCAGGGCCGCUUGCCGUAAAUUUGAAUGGCUUUGAUGCAGUGGGGUCUUGAACGAGCACGCCGGACAUCCCAAUGGUGGCUAUCGGCAACACACUCCCUCCUCCUUCACCCUUAUGGGCCGGUGGCAGGACACAAUCAGGACGAUCAGAGACGGGCUCGGGCUUGUUGACCGACAAAGUUAAACAGCCCGUUUCCGCGUGCCAAAAACAACUUGGUCCAGCACAGUAUACCAAAAUUUCACGGAAAGGGGUGGCUCGGACCUCGCCUACAUGGGACUGCCAUAAAGGCCACAAUCAGGAGACUACAUCGAGUCUGACUCUCCGUCCUGGGGGGACCGAGUUGCCUAGUCAGUUGACAGCCUUCAUGAUAGAUCAAGGCGCGUUUGGUUUAUUAUAUUUUAGAGUGAGCUGUAAUGUCUUGGGGAUAGACUCCUCAGGACCGAUCUCACUCAAUCUCUCUCUCUCUCUCUUCCAUCUCCCCGGCUAUUUGAACCGAUCAGUCGUAUGGCGCUGGGGUUGGACACAGUGGGUUGGCGCGGCAUGAAGCCCCCACCUAAGCCUGUUACCACAUCCCAAUGCGCGGCGGUAGUUAUGGGCUCGCGCGGACUCUGUGCACUCCGACUAACGCGUGAAGCGAGACAAUCUGCCCCUUUUCUGACUAACACAAGUCUAUACACCUAACACCACUAAGAUAUUUCACGUCUUAGGUCUAACCGAUAGAUCAGCAGACACAUCGAACCCAAUUUCCGAAGUACGCCACCAUCUAUCAUGCGCUUCUGGAUUAGAUGGGAUGAUUACCCACGGAAUUCAGGCCUCGUCUAGGCGUCAUAUGAGCCGUGCAUGUGUGCAUUUUGUGUUUCGGGUCGUGAAUAUUCCACCGGGGUAUACUUGAUUAACAAGGAAGCUUAAAACACCUACUGUACCCGUGUUUCAGCUUCUUUUGUCAGUUUACCUAUGCUACUUAUAUGGUAAACAAGAUAUUAAAAGUGCGUCCUAGGACGUACUUACUUUCGUCUGUAAUUUCGUUCAUCAGAACUGAUCCAGCUGGCUUCGAGUUGCACGUUCAUCACGUUGCGAAUGAUCGCCCUCCGUUGCAGUCGGUUGACAGCAGGUUGCGAAGCGAAGAUGAGCCAGCUUGCAUGAUGACGCCACGGACCGAAAACCACAGGGCCUGAGAUGUGCACGGGGUCGACUCGCGCUAUGUCCGUCCGCGUCUUCAGUCGUCUUCCUUGACGCCGUAGCCAGUCAGGGCUGAAGUCGAGCGAGAUCGUUUACUAGACGAUUUUUUCUGGUCGAUAAAGCAUAUGUGUUGUGCUGUCUCAGUCGCGAGUUGGGAAGGAUGUGGUUUGGUAGCCCCACCUGAUGGACACAAUACUGUUGGAGUUAAGAUUAGGUGGUAGGAUUAGGGGUUAUGGUUAGAGUUAUGAUUAGGGGUUAGGGUGAAAGGUUAAGGUUAGGGGUUAGCGCAACUAUUUCUCAGCCAUUGCAAGUACAGCCGAACACUCCCAAUACCUUUUUUGCAUACAACUACUUGACCUCGUCGCCUGCGCGCUCCCCGGCUCCACCUGUAAAAACCCCUAUUACUACCGGUCCCGUAUUAGAGGUGACUGGGGCUUGUUUACUUCAGGUGGGGCUACAAAACCACGUCCGACCGCGAGUUGAUGAGUUUCACUCGGCGGGACGAAUUUCAAGAAUGUAGCGCACGCACCAUCUAUCGGAUACAUUCAGAUGAUGGAAAUUAGAGCGCGUGUGCAAGUUCUCACAUCCGUUCAGGGGAACUGUCUUGACGGAAGCCUCACAUAAUCGUGGCGUUGUUUUUAUUCUGAUCUCACAGCCACUCCCGAGGUUUCGAUGUCGUCGGAUGAGGCUUCUGGAUGAAUCGGUAGCUGAUGCCAUCCUUGCCUAUUAUGCCUGAUAAAUCGUUCGACUCAAUUACGUUGGACCUGACAAAUGCCUCAAGAGCAUCACGCCACGCCACUACCAGGCAGAUGCCUCUGAUCGCAAAACCCGGGGUAGUCAUCCUCGUCCUUGACGGACUUGCUUUCAUGUCACGUUGGCUGCUUUUACAUCCACGCGGGACGCCGCGCAUUGAAUUUCCCCAAACAAGGUCACUAAUCCCUCGAUGUCCUAAACGUAGUCAAAAACAUUGAUAGGCGAACUGCGGCCUACUGCAACGCCUGGGUUCCCCGUCAGCGAUUGUUGGUAGAACCCAAAUUACCAUGUAAUUUGGCAGUUAGUUGGAGAUCUAAACUCUGACCAACGCCUGUGUUGAUACCAAAACGGCCAAUUUCCCAGCGGUUCCCAUGAACUUCGAUCCUUGCUUUGCGGUAGCCAGCUUGAGUUUGAUGGAGUAGCUCCGGGGAUGUAUCAUCAUGCAGUGUGAGGUGCCAUAAGAAAUUCUAACGAGGAGUCAAAAUCAGGGACAAAGUUAACGAAGUAGACAUGGGUGGGCCAGUGGUAUCGGCAGCGAUGGUAGAGGGCUUGACAAAAGAAGUGCUAAUUGGCGCAUCCCUGUCCCGACGAAAAGUUACACCAAUUACUUUGUCCACGCAUCUUGGAGUAGGUAAAGACGGUUAAUAAAGAUGGCUGCGAAGGCUAUUGCUACAAUGUCAAAUAGGCGUAUAGCAUGGUAGUUCUGGCUCUUUGACCUAUCGUCCUUUCUAAAUAUCAACAUAAAAACCGUGUCUCUGUAGACACGAUCUCACCUUUCACGAUUCGAGUCGAUUGACAAUGCUCAACAACACUGGUAUAUUUUUGCCGGGAAAAGGCCCUCGGCAUGUUUCCUUAUAACCUCAAGGUUUUUCACUACAGAUAUUGGGCUGCAGUUUCAGCUGAAUUCGAGCAAUGGCACGUCUUCAAAGCGAAUGGCAUCUGAGGGAGCCUAGCCUGUUGUAUUCAAGAGCUGGGGGACAUGCAUCUUCUACCAAAAGGGUUGCUAUUAACACACCCUGAUCCUUCCCGGUGACGGACUCUGGGAAGGUGGAGGACUGACUUAUCUUCAAAAUUCUGUGGACUCAUCUUGCCUCUAUUAUUUGAGGCGCAUUCGAUGUGUUGGGCAGUUUCUCUCCGUAUUUCGUUGUACUUGAUUAGUGCGGAGCCCGCAGUCGCACAAUACAUGUUCCCAUAAUAAGAACCAUCGCAAGAGAGAGUAACCCUCAUAUAGUUGGAUAGUUUUACCAAAAAUCUGUUGUGGUGAUUAUCCUCGUGACCCAACCCUUUCUGCGAGGUACUUUAGACGGCAGGAUCCGUUUAAAACCAAUAGUCUUCUAUUGAGAAGCCUCGGAAAUGUUUUUUUUAUUUGUAGCAGGACCCUUGUGACGAUUGACAUUGUGUUUCUUAGCAAAUCAUGUUUCCUUGACAGUAUGUAUUCUGAGCCGUGGCGUGAUCAGAGCCAUCCUCGCUGCCGCUUUCGGCAUCAUGUGACUCGCAGGCGUCAAACGCCGAGCCAGAUCAGCGUGCUCCGACAAGUUUGCAGUUAGUACAUUUUCGAAUGCGGCCAUCCCCCGAAUUUGUGUUCGUAAACACCACGUUGUCCGACGCAAUAAAACCAGAACACCUUCCGUCAUUAACCCAACAGUUUCUAACUGUGUGGUGUCCAUGGUCUCUCCCAAUAGAUGCCUCAUACUUCGGCGUUUUUAAGGCCCCAUUACCCGUAAAGAACCUCGCAACAAUCUGCAUUUUGUUAGGGUUUUCUAUUUCUUCGAAACUUAAUAUGUGGAGUUACAACAACUGCGAAACAAGUCUUUUUUAUCUGCGCCCUGAGAAUCGAUAUGAGCGCUUGGUCUGAAAUCCACCAGUUCUAGUGGAAUGACUGCAUAAUAUUCACAAUCUGAUAACAAGCGGCCAGUAGUGCUCAAGUGCUGCCAGAUUGCCCUCAUGCGGGAAAGUGGUAAAUCAACCUGCAUAAAUUUGUUAAUACAAGUCUCCUCCGUAUACCAUCGCAUUAUGCGUCGGGAAGGAGAUCAGAACAAUUUGUAGACAACAGCGCUACUAAUACGCAUGGCCUCAAUCUUUGGCAACACCGGUCUUCAGCGCACAUAGGUCAAGGUUUGGCCGGCUCAGUUAAAUCGAUCCCAUCCUCGUCUCGAUCGGAGCUCUAGGCGACGGCGAUGUCGCUGAGGUGGCAGAAGUCCCCAGAAUCUGGCACCUUAAUGCUGCACAAGGCAUAAUCGUGUAAAUGCGCCCGGACUGGACUGAUAACGUCCACGUCGCACCGCUCCAACGCUUUUAUUGUUAAACGGUACAAAAACAGACCUUAUGUUCUACCAUGCGGUGCCUACUUCUUUCCCCCCCCUCCCCCUAAAAGUCUAUCCUGAACAGCUGUCAUCCGGUUCACAGGACGAGAUCAGGAUGUACGGAACCCCGCGAACACGAUUGAAAAACUUGUAGGUGAUUUGAAUUUUAUGGAACUCGGGUUCCCUAGCUCUCAACUUGCCUUUUAAGUGGAGGUUCAGCUCGCAAAACAGUUUAGGCAGGAAGAACUUAUUUAACAAUGGUCCAUGCUGAAUAUGACAUGGUCCUCUCAUCGGACUUUGUGAAUAAUUGGUUUCUUUUGCCUCCGCCUCCUCCCCCCCAUCCUGCUAGCAGCGCCGCUGUUGAUUGGAGAAUGUUUAUUCAAGGGGCCCAAGUCCGUUUAGUUCACAGCUAACCUUCACUUAAGGCCAUGUCAUUGUUCGCCGCCCCGUCUUCCCGUCCCAUGGAGAAUUCAUUCACUGGCUGUAUGUAGGCUUCUAAAGGCUGCGUUAGUGGGGGAGAAAGGACCAUUUAAGGGGAACGGAAAAAGCUGUGCGCUUAAAUUUGGUCCACUUCUCUUCUAAAGUAUGGUAUGGGGAGGCACUAUCAGUUUGAAUGCACUGAGUAAAGCUGCGAUCGAUUUCUGCAGUCAUACCCCCACGAGAGUACAAUAAAACCAUUGGUUUUGUCAAAUGUUAUCAAUUGUUGAAAUAUCUCCAUGUUGAGCGCUGCUUCUUGUGCCCCAUUUAAACAGCUGAUAUUACAGGACGCAGCCAGUUCUCUUCCUGUACACAGUAUUCCCUGUGAAUACUUAUACAUGUGGAACUUGCUGUUAUGAGUCUGGUCAGUAUUACCAUCACAAAGAAACUCUUAGCUAGUUAUAGUGCAGUUCGCAGAUUCACACCGAUAGGUGAUGAAUAACAAUACUGCGGUGAGUCAGACUUCCCGUUUAACGUUUCUCGCUUAGUUGUCUCCAGCAAAAAACUCAACUGGGGACGUAAUUUUUGUCGGCAAAAGUAGCCAACUAACUGUAACUCUUUGCAUCUGGCUACACCGAUGAAUUUGUUUUAUAAGAGCUUACAAUCCAUGGUUCCGUCGUAAGUGCAAUAACUCACGACUUAGCCGACGGACUGUUGGAGAGGCAGCUUAUAUAUUUUGAGAGGCUCAAGUCCUACCUGAGAUUGGCAGAAAAACCGGUAAGCAGAUACAAUUUAUGUUUAAAUGUCAAACGACCCAGUCUGUGGUUGGUCGAACACGCGCGCGGAAAGCGCGUGUGGCCUUCCAUCGUUGUUCUGGUGGAGUUAAAUAAACCGGCGCAGAUAAGGAAAAAAUGCCAGACAGUUAAGGGUGGAAGUUAAUCAGGUACCUCGGUACAGGUUCUACUGAUGACGAGUCAUGGUUGUGGGUCGAGUUUAUAGAUGACGUCGAUGUCAUUAUACGCCUGAACAGGGUCGAAUCUGUCAUGAAUGGGCAUAACUCAGUUUUCCAGCAAGUUCACUUACCAAUGGAAGAGGAAAAAGACAAAAGGAUCCCAUUUCCGACUGCUCCCUCAUUAAAGUUGAGGGUGUUAAUCUUCAGUCUGGUGUCUUCCGGCACAAAAUGUUCCCUGAAAGAACCGCCACUGAGGCAGGAAACAAUCUCCGACACCCGACUACAUAGCUAAGGACACUGUUCCAUCAGAUCGGCAGAUGCAGCAACCCGGAACGAUGUGAAAAUUAGAAGGCGCACGUUCCUGUUUAAAAGUGUGAAAGGGUCAUGUUGCGGCAGCUAAAGCCACGGGCUGAUCCUAACAACUACGACCCUCAAGCCAGGUUCUGAGUGGGAAGAGGAGCAGUUAGACUCCAGUAGAAGGAGUACUUUAGACUGCACGCAAUGGAAAAAGAAUAAGUAUGUGCACGUCCGGUUGCACCGGGCAGUCGUUUGAGUGACCUGAGUGAGGGCAUGUCGGCGGCAACCUUGGAGUGGAUUGGCCGAUUUAGAUAAUUGUUAUUGGCCGGACACCGGACAGAGCCACUCCACUUCAAGAACUGGCUAGACGCGAUGGGAGCGGCAUGACACCCCGGUCGUCGAUUUCGACAAUACCGACUGUGUGUUCCACAACAGGGUGGAAGUGGUGACGGUGGAUUGCACGGUAAUUCGUUUAUAGUGGUGGCAAACUUGCGGGAAACAUAUCGCACUCUCUCCUGCUUGGGUCGGUGUCAUGAGAAAGUCAAGAAGACCGGAGGUGGGAGGUAACGCAGGAAACUGGCGCUGCGUGAGCUCGCACCUAGUCGUGUCACGAUAGACUCUGAUUCGCACAAAAGGACCAGGAUUAUACACAAUAAAAAAAUGGAGGCGGCUUGGAUCCCAACUGAAUGUAAGUGCCAUAAAAGCCACGCUAAAAAGGAGUUACUACAACCUCACUCUUAGUCCACUGGUCGGGCACUCUAGACGAACACAUAAUGGGCUGAUUGCUUGGUCUUAAUUAAAGCGUGAGUUGACAACCUUCCAGGCCACGGCUUUAAGUACACCGUGAUAGUUUUGAGCGCUUCAGGUUGUUUAGUGUGGAAUUGUGCGCGGACAGUCGACCUCUUUCUCUCUACCCUUUCCACUGCAUAAAUCGAUUGUCCGAGCCGGUCGACCAACUGAUUCUGAGAUUGGGCGAGGUGAGUGACAGAACUAAGAACAGCCCCUCUGCGUGUUCCAUACACGACCUGCUCCCCCACCUCCGCAAACAACAAGAUAAGAUUUCACACUACGGGAGAGAACUGGCCGGAUCUCACAUGUAGCAGAACAGCCGAGGAAAACGCCUCCACACACACGAGAGGUGCCUGGAUCACUCGAAGUGGACGUUCCACCGUAGCUGUCGUUGCCUAAGUGUGUCAUGCAUACUGAGGAUACCAGUCUGUUCCAAGAUUUGGGUAUCGGAGACCUUCCGUUUUCCUAUUCACUGGAGACAUGUCAGGUAAAAGUGAUUGAAUUUCCGCGCUUGGUUCUUCGUGCAGCAGCGUCGUCAGAACGACGGCUUUGUGCAUCUUGAGUUUGGUUUUGCGGUGGUGACCGUGGGGAUUCCAUACUGUGUCCUGCAGCCCGCCGAAUGCUUAGCUGGCUUUGGUGAUCCAGUGAGCUACUUCGUCAUCGAUUUGAUGUUGAGUGAGAGUGUGAUGACUAAGUAGACGGGAUUGUUCACGGCUUUCGGUUGGUUCCUGUUAGCAGUGAUGCGAAGGACGUUAUAUUCACUGUCGGAAGACGGCAGAUGCCUGAUCACCAUUUUGUCCACCUCGAUGGUAGCUUGAAACUGGCGCAGUUGGAGACAUAAAAUUCCAUGCUCCGUUGUAUACCUGGUUUUGUUGUGGUAUUGAAUAUGCAGUUGGGGAGAGCAGGUCGUAGACAGUAGUAAUGGAUAGGCGCAUUGGGCCCUGCAUGCGCCGGCUCUUGAAAAGAUGGUCGUUGGUCUUGUAGACAAUACGAAUCCCAGGGCGUUCAUCAGGGUAGACGUCCAUCAGCAUGAUAGAGAACAUGAGACUGAAGAAAGUGGGAGCGAGCACGCAGCUCUUCUUCAUUAAAUUGGUCACUGCCAUGGCUUCUGAUACAUUAUCCGCGACGCGCACCAUCAUUUCGUUGUGGAGCCGGCGUACAGUGUGCGUUAAUCGUUAAGGGCGGCCAGAGUUCUGAAGGAUUUUCUAGAGUGUUUCACGAUUCACAGUGUCAGACGCCUUUGUCGGAAGCAAGAAGGUCCACAUUGUCCUGGCACACCUUGUAUUUGGCUAUCCGAGAAGAUGGUGUCGGUUGUUCCUCCGUAUUGCCGGAAGUACCACUGGCUUUCCGAGUGAAGUCCAUGUUCCUGAGGAUCGCUGAGGCAAUUUAAAAUGAUGACAGCGGAUAUCUUCUUGUUAUGACCCGUAAGGAAGGUAGGACAGGAAGAGAGCCGGUUCGGAGGACAAGCACUUUAUUGGAACUUGCGGACAGGAGAGGGUUACAACUCGUAAGAAAGUGUGCUAUUUAUUGGCUCCCGUGCGUUCUGGAACAUUCCGUCCAAUGACGUGCCAGUCAUAGAGGGCGUUCUAGAAUGUUCCUGUCCCGAGCGUGCUGGUCGCUGAUUGGCCACCGCGUGCGCGAUGACCCCGCCGCGGAAACGUCUGGAAUGUUCGGCCAUCCAUUGAUUGGGCCGCACACGUGAGCAAAGCCACCACGCGUGCUCGGCGCUGCAGUGCGCGCCGGUCGGUUGUCCAACUUCGCGCGUGACUCACGUCGCCGACUUGGUCCUUUGUCUGGCGCCUUAGGCCGUGGCUCUACGCCGCUUUCGCUCUCCAUAACACCUUCCGCUUUUGAAAGUUGGACCUCGUACCUCUUCUUCUUCGGGUCCAAGACCAGUUUCCUUGGCGGUUGCGUUCUUCUGCUACUUCUACGAACGACGGGUAAUGUUGUCUGACUGUCUACCGUGGGGGUUGGAACCUCAAAGGUAUCACACAACAAGUCGAGUGCCAUUUGACUGUCUCUGAUGUGUCUAGUCCUGAGCUGAUUUGCAUGCCUCUUUAUUUUUCCAGCUGCUGUCUCCACCUCGAACACAACACCUCUGGAUUUUCUUAUUAUACCUUCUAUCCAGGGCUUCUCUCCGGCUUUGUAGUUGCGAGCAAACACCUCCUCUCCCUCGCGAAAGUAAUGUUUUGUUGUUUGUGGAACUCGAGCUUCCGGUUGUAGGUACUGUAAUCGCGUAUCCGGCUGUCGUCCCAAAAACCGUUCGGCUGGUGUCUGGCCCCCAAGAUCACUUUUUGGAGUUGUUCGAUAGGCAAAUAGGAAUGUGUUGAGAUACUCCAGUUUAACACCAGUGUUCCACAUCUUUUUCAUCGCUCUCUUGAACGUGUCGACGAACCGUUCUGCCUGGCCAUUUGAUUGUGGAUGGAAUGGUGGUGACGUCACAUGUCGAAUUCCCCAUUUCUGACACAGUUGUUGGAAGAUUGAUGACGUGAACUGAGUGCCGUUAUCCGUCACAAUCUCCGUGGGGAUGCCGUAUCUCGCUAUUAGUUCUUCCGUCUUCCUUACCGUGAUAUCAGCAGUAGCUGCCGAGACGUCGAAAACUUCUAGCCACUUGGACCAUGCAUCGACAACAAUUAGAAACAUUCGGUUGAAAAACGGACCCGCAAAGUCCAUAUGGACUCUACCCCAAGGUCUCGUUACCUCUGGCCAUGGCACGGGCGGUACUUUCGGUGGGUUCUUAGCCUCACGUCCACACGGGCCGCAGCUUCGAACAAAAGAUUCCACGUCGUUAUCAAUUCCCGGCCAAUAUACGUACUUGCGGGCCAGUUGUUUCAUGCGGGUCAUACCCUGAUGUCCGGCAUGGAGCUCCCGCAAAACUUGUUGCUGAUAUCUGGUUGGAAUCACCACUUUACCAUCGUACAUUAUGCAGUCUUCCGUGAUAUACAACUGUUCCUUUCUGUUCCUGAAAGGCUUUAUCGAUGGGUGUACUUUGUCGUCGCUGGGCCAACCGUUCCGAAUAAACUCUCUCACCUGGCGCAAAAGUGGGUCUGCUGCAGUGGUGGUCCUGAUGUGCUCGGCUGUGAGCGGCAACUGUCGGAUGACACCUCUAAACUCGUCAUCAUCUUGCAUUAGCGUACUGGCGACAACCACGUCUUCUUGAUUUUCGUUGCUUGUACUCAGUCGUGAUAAAGCGUCCGGAGCUCCAAACUUCUGAGUAGGCACAUAUUGGAUCUGAAAGUCAUAGUUUUGAAGAAUAGUACUCCAACGUUGUAUUCUCCUAGCUACGUUCUGGGGAACACCACGGUUAGUACACAAAAGGAACUUCAGUGGCUGAUGAUCAGUGUGCAGUGUGAAGGGUCUGCCAUAAAUAAACAGGUGGAAACUCUGUACGGCGAAGAUAAUGGCCAGUGCCUCCUUUUCAAUCUGGCUAUAAUUCCGUUCUGCCUUCGUCAGUGACCUGGCGGCAUGCAUGAUUGGCUGUACUCUCCCAUCUGCGUCCUUCUGAAGGAGCACUCCGCCUAAACCGUAAUCAGAGGCGUCUGCCUGGACAAUGGUUUCUUUGUCAGCCUCGAAGUGCGAUAGCAUAGUUGAGUCGCAUAUCUUUGUCUUUAUGGCAUCAAAUGCGUUUUGACAUUCUGAUGACCAAAUAAACUCCACGUCCUUGCACAGAAGUCGGCUGAGUGGAGGUUUUAAACCGUGCAACCCAGUGAUGAACGGACCGUAGUAGCUGACCAACCCCAUAAACGAUUGCAGCUCCUUCGUGUUCUUCGGCACUUUCAUGUUCUGGAAUGCCUUCACCCUCUCUGGGUCAGGGGCACGCCCAUUCUCGUUGACUAUGAACCCGAGAUAGUGGAUCUCCUUUCGCAAAAAUUCACUUUUCUCCAUAUUGAUCUUAAGGCCGUAGUCGAUCAGAUUGUCCACAACCUGGUCCAGCCUUUGAGUCAGCUCUUCCUCUGAUCUACCGACAACCAAAAUAUCGUCCAGAUAUGCAAUAGUCCCGGGAACAUUUGUAAGCAUCGUAUCCAUAAUCUGCUGGAACACACUAGGCGCCGUUUUCACGCCGUAGUUUAUGCGAGUGUAUCUGAAGAGACCCUUAUGCGUAUUUAUGGUCAAAAGCUCCUGUGAUUUCUCGUCCACCUCAAUUUGCAAGUAAGCUUCGGAUAGAUCGAUCCUUGCAAAGACUUUCCCUCCAUUUAGAGUAGCAAAAAUCUGCUCUAAGGUUGGCAGUGGGUAAUGAUAAUCUUCUAGUGCGUCGUUCAAGCCCGUUGAAUAAUCCGCACAUAAUCGUAUUUGUCCGCUGGGUUUCUUCACCGCCACGACUGGAGCAGCCCAAGCUGAAUAAUUGGUAGGAUAGAUUAUGCCCUUUGUCUGUAGUCUUUCUAGUUCAGCUUCUACGGACGACUGUACCGCAAACGGGACUCGUCGGCUCUGCUUGAAAACUGGCUUUUUCUCCGUCUUCACUUUCAAACUUAUCUUCGUUUUCGUGCACCUGCCGGCCGCGUUCUCCAUGCGUUCCAUAAACUUAUUCUUCAGGACCUCCUCAGUAGUGUUGUGCACCGCGCUGCAAAUUUCGUCAAAGGGACGGUUCCACAAUCCCAGUUCGGAGAUCGUCUUAUUUCCGAGAAGACUGUUACGGGUCUUCGACACAUAGACAUCUGCGAGGCAAGUCAUGUUUCGAAAACUGACAGUCGCCUGGAAAACGCCUUCAAAUUCCAUACGCGUCUCGUUCGACGCCCACGCUAUGAUCUCUGAUGGUGUCAGUUUUGGAGAACCGAUGUCCUCCCAUGUGCGCAUGCUGAUUAUGGUCAAAUCAGAAGCCGUGUCUACUUGUAAUGUGAUCGGCUUUUCGUUAAUCUUCACUGUCAGGUAUUUCCGGUGUUCACAGUUGAGUACAUGCGAAUCGUCUUCUAAAACGACAUGGCAAUUCUUUCUUGGGCUAGUGUGCGCUGCUCUGCAAUGUGAAGCUUUAUGGCCAACACGGGAACAUUUGUAGCACUUCCUACUACGAUAGGGACAUUCACUCACGUAAUGCCAGCCGCCGCACAGCCAACAAGCCGUCUUUGGCUUCCGUGGAGAAUCUCUAUUUGGUUGUGGUUGUCUCGAUUUUGUGUCGAAAACGUAAACUGGCUGACUAGUUGUGCUUCCAAUAAGCCGGGUGUCUUGCUUGAUAUUUGUGAUUCGGACACAUUCCUCUGCCAGUUCCUGUACUGUCAUAUCGCCUUUCUGGUCUAGCUGGGCGAGUAACCGCGUGCGCACAUCUGCAUCUUCUGGCAACGUCAACGACUUAAUGAAGAAUAGUGCUUUAAUUUGUGUGCUGGUGGCCUGUUCUAGCUCGGCUUGUUGAAAAGUAUCAUUAACUCGACCGGCCAAGUCAAAAUAGUCUUCUUCAGGCUUACGUUCUAGCUUGAAACAUUCAUAACGUCGAUUGAAUAACGACUUUGUAAAACAGAACAAUGCUUUCAGAUGCUUGACUGUGUCCUUAAACGAGACAUCUGAUGGUUUCUGAGGCAGAAUGAACUUUACGUACCGCUCGUGUUCCCGCUGGGCCAGUUUUAGCAGAAUGAUUUCCACUUUCGUCUUGUCGUCCAGUUCUGCUCCCUUCUCUUCGAACAGUCCUUCGUACUUUCGAAACCAGGCUUCGAAAUUUACGCCUCCCUCUGGAUCGUAAACGAACUCGUUGAUCCGUUGUUCGACCUGUUUCCUCUUGUUCUCUCUGGAUGCCGGUCCCCAAUUUCGUUGCAUUUCCGUGAGUAAUGCCAUGAAGCUGGCCUGCUGGGCCUCCAGUAUGUGCUUCAUUUGUUCUUCUGAUAUCAUUUUGCUGCACCUGCGUCGCCAGUUGUUAUGACCCGUAAGGAAGGUAGGACAGGAAGAGAGCCGGUUCGGAGGACAAGCACUUUAUUGGAACUUGCGGACAGGAGAGGGUUACAACUCGUAAGAAAGUGUGCUAUUUAUUGGCUCCCGUGCGUUCUGGAACAUUCCGUCCAAUGACGUGCCAGUCAUAGAGGGCGUUCUAGAAUGUUCCUGUCCCGAGCGUGCUGGUCGCUGAUUGGCCACCGCGUGCGCGAUGACCCCGCCGCGGAAACGUCUGGAAUGUUCGGCCAUCCAUUGAUUGGGCCGCACACGUGAGCAAAGCCACCACGCGUGCUCGGCGCUGCAGUGCGCGCCGGUCGGUUGUCCAACUUCGCGCGUGACUCACGUCGCCGACUUGGUCCUUUGUCUGGCGCCUUAGGCCGUGGCUCUACGCCGCUUUCGCUCUCCAUAACACUUCUCAACGGUUCUAAGCAACGAGACCCUCAUAUGGGUGUAAGGAAGUUGUCGGUUCCUUUUCCGCUUGUAGAACCUUGCGAUUGUAGCGCCCUUGAAACAUGGCGGGACUUUUCCUUGGCGUCACACCGCCAGGAACGGUGUUUUAAAUUCGUCCAUCAGCUGGAGAACUUCAUCUUAGUACAGAACCGCGUCGGAUCACGGUGCUUUUCGCCAGACGCCUGGUACAAGACCCUGACUGCCUCUGAGAGGGAAGGCAGAAGCUCCAGAUCGUUGAUUGUUUUUGCUCCAGGGAGCAGGCCAUUGGCGACGUCGGAGUUUGUGGAUGGGCGGUUAAGGACGGCUCUGAAGUUCUCGACCCAACGCUUCAGAAUCUGCGAUUUCUAGGUGACUAGUUUUUAUCCGUCCGAGCGGAGAAAUGGCGCGGUUCCUUUGGCUGUGGGAUCGUAGACCGUCUUGGUCGAUUCGAAGAAAUUCUUCGUUUCAUUGCGAUCCGCGCACCCUUGAAUUUCUUUGGUCUUGCGAUCCAUCCAGGCUUCUUGCAUCUCUAGCAACCGUUGUCGCACAGGGCGACAACAUCUGAGAAAGUGGGUUAUGUUUACGUAGGUACUCCAUUUUAUGAAGGCUUUUUGCAGUCUAUUUUUCUUCGUAGCUAUAGUCAAAUCAGUCCUGAUGUUCAAUUAUGAAUAAUUAUCCCUAGGGUGGAGUCGAAUAAUGUCUUACCUGAGCACACCUCUUACCAAAGAAAAUAGGCGCUUGGCAUUAAUACGAUUUUGUACAGUCAGGACCGGGACCCCUCGUGGACACCCUAUAUGCAAAAGAUGGGUGUGUAUUCCCCCAGAUCAUCGUAAUUAUAAAUGGGAGGAAUGAUUGGCAUGUGCGGUCAUCAACAGGACGAGCCUAAGAGAGAUGGAGAUCUCGAAGGUGUAAUCAUAGUUUUUAUAACUGUGAUAUGGUGAUGAAUCUUAACACGUGCGUCCGACUCACGCUAAUCAUUCUUGCUUUUUUUACUUUCGAAGGCGGCUUCCCUAAUCGAUGGACCCUCGAUGGAAAUCAGUCUUGUAUUUCAGCCCGCGGACUUUAUAAACGCGCUCAAAAAGAAGCUCCAACAAACUUCCUCCUUUAAGAAAUUUUUGACCUGA